CAACAAGCAGGAGAGAGCAGUGAGCAGCAGCGGAGAGCCAGUUCUGGUAACUAACCCAUCUUUAUUAAUUAACUGGCGCUGUGCCUGCCAAUAGGAAGGAUUGUGAUUACUCUCUCCCGCAGAUGUCCACGGGAGCCACUGAGGGGGUCACAAGAAAAAGCACAGGGGCUGAAUGAGAGGCAAAGUUGCGGCAGGAGCCAAAAGUUCCCCUGGCCCCACAUCUUGGCUCAUCCAGAGCAGGGGCAGGACUUGCUUCCCCACUGAGAACCUUCCCCAACGCAGCUAAAUUUCUUUUCCCCUCAUAAGUCAUGAGGGAACCACUGGGUGUGUGUGUGUGGGGGGGGAACAGAACGGGUUGUCUCAGGGUCACAGCGGAGGCGAAGACAAAACCUGCCUCCCACCUCAGCAGUGAUUUACUUCCUGUUGCUGACGGCUGCUGUUCACUUCUGCGGCAGAAAAUAAAGCAACUUGCGGGCAGAACUUCAGAGAAGCGGUGGUGUGCGGGGGAACCACAAUUGAAAAGGCUAGCCACAGGGCAGACAGGUCUUCAUCUGCACUAUGCAUUUCAUAGUGUCAUAGAAUUAUAGAGUUGGAAGGAAGCACAAGGGUCACCUAGUCCAGGGGUCAGCAACCUUUUUCAGCCGUGGGCCGGUCCACCGUGCCUCAGACCAUGUGGUGGGCCGGACUAUAUUUUCGAAAAACAUAUGAACGAAUUCCUAUGCCCCACAAAUAACCCAGAGAUGCAUUUUAAAUAAAAGGACACAUGCUGAUUCCCGGACCGCCUGCGGGCCGGGUUGAGAAGGCGAUUGGGCUGCAUCCAGCCCACGGGCCUUAGGUUGCCUACCCCUGAUCUAGUCCAACCAAAUACUGGACUUGAACCCACCACCCUGAUUAAGAGUCUUAUGCUCUACCAACUAAGCUAUCACUAUACGAAAAAUGCUCUUGAGCUUUUUUUCUACAAUCAACUGGUAUACAGUGGUACCUUGGUAUUAGAAUGACUUGGCCCGAACAAAUCGGCUCCCAAAUGCCGCAAACCCGGAAGUAAGUGAUCCGGUUUGUGAACGUUUCUCGGAAGCCGAACGUCCAACGCGGCUUCCGCUUGAGGGCAGGAAGCUCCUGCAGCCAAUUGGAAGCUGCGCCUUGAUUUUCAAACGGUUUCAGGAGUUGAAUGGACUCCCAGAACAGAUUAAGUUCGAGAACCAAGGUACCACUGUAUCAAUUAUUUUGGGGCCGAGGGGGAGAAGCAGUAUGAUAGCACUUUGAACAGGGUUCCUCCAAAGAAUCCUGGGAUUCUUUGUUUGUUAACGGUGCUGAGGUUUUUUUUAGGAGGUCCCUAUUCCCCUCAAAAGGGACGUGGGUGGCGCUGUGGGUUAAACCACAGAGCCUAGGGCUUGCUGAUCAGAAGGUCGGCGGUUCGAAUCCCCACGACGGGGUGAGCUCCCUUUGCUCAGACCCUGCUCCUGCCAACCUAGCAGUUCGAAAGCACCUCAAAGUGUAAGUAGAUAAAUAGGUACCACUCCGGUGGGAAGGUAAACGGUGUUUCCGUGUGCUGCUCUGGUUUGCCAGAAGCGGCUUAGUCAUGCUGGCCACAUGACCCGGAAGCUGUACGCCGGCUCCCUCGGCCAAUAAAGCGAGAUGAGUGCCGCAACCCCAGAGUCGGUCACGACUGGACCUAAUGGUCAGGGGUCCCUUUACCUAUUCUCCUCAAUGAGGUACAAGUCCCAGAGUGGUUUAAUGAUCAACCCUUCUUCGCAGGGAACUCUGGGAACUGUAGCUGUAUGAGGCAAAUAGCGGGUCUCCAAACAACUCUCAGUCAACACCCUUAACAAAUUAUAGUUCCCAGGAUUCUUGCAGAGGGAGGAGCCAGGACUGUUGAAAGUGGUAUGAUACUGCUUUAAAUGAACAGGUAGAUCUCAUCUUAUGUGGAGAUUACAUGAUAUCCUCCAACAUUUUCCCAAUGAAAAUGUCCUAAGGAAAAGCGGGACAUUCAGAAACCGGGAUGGCUUCUGUAAAGCUGUAACUGUCCCUGGCUAUCUCAGGUACAACAAAAUCGCAUAAGCCCAUAAAAACAUUUUUAAAAGCCCAGCAAAUCCCUCCAACAUCCUCUGCAACUCUCUCUGGCCUCCUCUGACCUUUCUCCAGUCGCUUCCAAAACUCUCUGCGACCUCCCCUGCUCUCUCCCCACACUCCACCAACUCCUCAACCACACCCAAACAUUUUCCUAAUGGUACCCCGCUGCCCGCCAGGGAAGACGGGUGAGUGAAGAUCUACAUCAGGAUCUGCUGGUCCUAAGGAUCCUGCCGCCUGAGGUGGUUGCCUCACCAUGCCUCAUGGGUGGGCCGGGCUGGAACACCCAUCAGUUUUAAGCUAUGUUGCCUGCCGUAGUAGAGGCCAAAAAGUGUAGGUUCUCAGAGUACAGAUCAAGCCAGGUAUGUAAAUACACACUGGAAAGAACACAGUUAAGUCCAUACAUCCAUGAGAUGGGCUUAGGGAUGAUCACUAUACAUCUCCAGCAAUAAACAGUCCAUUUAAAAACUAGAAACCCCACACCCAUAGAUGUGAAUGGGUGUUUCCAUGCCUUGCGUGCUUUCAAACACUUUUGCUUUCAAAACUUAUAUCAAACCUACAACCUUGGUGUUAUCAGCAUCAAGCUCCAAUCAACCGAGCUAUGAAGUAGAACCAUGAAGCACCCACACUUCACAUUGAGACAUUGUGCUCAACACAACGGAGGAUAACAGACUUGGAAGGGAGUCAUAAGUUGGUCAGUUAAGCCUUCUUCUUAAAAGCAGGAUUAUCAUUCCACCAGCAACACCUUGCUUUCCUAACCAUCCAGCGUCUGCAGAGCAAAUACCCCAAGGAGGAAAUAGCUCCAAGCAGGUGGCUGAUCAUAAUUUUUGUGGGCACAAACCAGCUAUGGAUUAAUCCCAGAAUCUGUACUCUUAAAAAAAGAGAGUACAUUUGAGCACCUAUAGAGCUUAUUUCCCUUACCACAGAAUAAUCACAACCAUCCAAACAGGAAUAAAAGGGAUCUCAGCUUCCAGAGAAACUUGACUCUUGCAACUUUUCAUUAUGAUCUAUAAAUACCAAAUCCAACAUAGCACCAUGAAAAAGCAAUUUUGCACGUAGGAGGGCAGAUAUAUGGGGUGGGGGAGAAAGAGAGAGAAGCUGGGAAAAGAGGGUUGAAAAUGUACAUUUCUCAUUGAGUCAGUAAACCUGUUUUUAGGCUGAAUGACUUCAGACAAAGCUCACAUGACCGAAUGCCCUUACAUACAAAAAAAAAUAUUCCACACGCUGCAACAAAAUGUCGAAGUAUCUCUCUGUGCUUAAGAGGAGUGUUCCUCUCCAGGGUUCCAGCCAUCCUGGGAUAAAAGCCUUUAGCUCCUCUUCAGGCUUCUUAGAGAAGAGUGAGCUUAUGGAAGGCAGAAAGGGAAAGGGAUCCUUUCCCCCUCUUCUCUUUUGGGGUCCCAGGCUGGUGGACACAAUCCCAUUCUGCCCACUCCAUGCAUUCAAUGAAAGUGCUUCUUCUCACGUGAGAACUGGGCAUCCGAGUACUUUCACAUGCCCACAUAACAUCCAAGCUUUAUUUCAAACCCGAUUGUUUUAAAGGGACAUUUAGUCUGACUGGUUUCUAAAUAACAUUUUAAAUGGAAAAAAAAUAAAUGGGGGGAAAAUAUGACUCUUCAGUUUUAAAAGAAUUAUUGUUUUUUUUAAAAAAACUGUGACGACAUCUGCCGCUCUUUGAAAAAGCAUGCCUGAAUGAAUCUCCCUUUGCAGAGACUGUGCAACCACAGGGAAGCAGACUACCUCCAAAGGAAUUUCCUGCUUGCUUCCUCACAACUUGGAAAAAGGGAGAAGCACGUCUGUAUGUUAGAAAACAGACUAGAAUCCAUAAAUACAGGGAAGAGGAUGCUGUAAGAUCUCUUGGCCGGCAGAGGUAAGAUUCCCAUAACACUGUGAGCAUGAUCAAUGCACUGCUUGAAAAACAAGUGAUACAUCACCCUCAGGAGAGAACGGCAGGCUGGAGAAAGGAGAUCCAGUGCCAAGCUGCUAGCCUGCAAAUGUUCUGGGCUAUGGUUAGAGCUCCCUCCAGCUCCAGUCAGCAUGAUCAUAGAAUCAUAGAAUUGCAGAGUCAGAAGGGACCCCUAGGGUCAUCCAGUCCAACCCCCUGCAAUGCAGGAAUCUCAGCUAAAGCAUCCAUGACAGAUGGCCAUCCAAUCUUUGCUUUAAAACCUCCGAGGAAGGAGAGCUCACAACCUCCCGAGGGAGACCGUUCACUGUCAAACAGCUCUUACUGUCAGAAAGUUCUUCCUGAUGUUUAUUUGGACUCUCCUUUCUUGUAUCUUGAAGCCACUGGUUCGAGUCCUGCCCUCCAGAGCAGGAGAAAACAAGCUUGUUUCCCCUUCCAUGUGACCGCCUUGAGGUAUUUGAAGAGGGCUCUUAUCUUUCCUCUCAGUCUUGUCCCUUCCAGCUGAAACAUCUGGCAGGCUGGCCUCUGUUCCGGGUUGACACCUUCCUUUCACAAAAAUUCUGGCACUUAGAGCUAAGGGUCUCUGAACAUGUACAGAGGCCUUUUCCUUUGUGAAGAGAAUGUCGCUCCACGUGUCCUGAAAGAGCAAAGGCUCAGCCUCUGCUCAGGCACGCAGUCACACAAAACGUACCUGAAAGAGGUUCUAGCCCAGUGUUUUCCGAACUUGGAUCUCUAGCUGUUUUUGGACUACAAUUCCCAUCACCCCGACCACUAGUCCUGCUAGCUAGGGAUGAUGGGAAAUUAAAAGACGCCUGCUUCUUGGGAGAAAAGCAAUGACAAACCUAGACAGCAUCUUAAAAAGCAGAGACAUCACCUUGCCAACAAAGGUCCAUAUGGUUAAAGCUAUGGUUUUCCUAGUAGUGAUGUAUGGAAGUGAGAGCUGGACCAUAAUGAAGGCUGAUCGCCAAAGAAUUGAUGCUUUUGAAUUAUGGUGCUGGAGGAGACUCUUGAGAGUCCCAUGGACUGCAAGAAGAUCAAACCUAUCCAUUCUGAAGGAAAUCAGCCCUGAGUGCUCACUGGAAGGACAGAUCCUGAAGCUGAGACUCCAAUACUUUGGCCACCUCAUGAGAAGAGAAGACUCCCUGGAAAAGACCCUGAUGUUGGGAAAGAUGGAGGGCACAAGGAGAAGGGGACGACAGAGGACGAGAUGGUUGGACAGUGUUCUCGAAGCUACCAGCAUGAGUUUGACUAAACUGCAGGAGGCAGUGGAAGACAGGAGUGCCUGGCGUGCUCUGGUCCAGGGGGUCACAAAGAGUCGGACAUGACUAAACGACUAAACAACAAAGUCCAAAAACAGCUGGAGACCCAAGUUUGGGAAACACUGCUCUAGCCACAUCUAUGAUCUUGUUAUUAUGGGAUGGAGCACUAUGUGGUAGCUGGGAAUAUCGCCGGCAUUCAUAUUCUCUGGCUUGGAAAUAUGCAUAUCCAUGGCUCAGAAUGCUCACCUCAAAUAAAAGGUAAGCACUGCAGCCCCUAAAGUUCUUCUCUGGCUCAGAUUUAAAUUUAAGCCAGAGAAAGAAAACGUCCUCCCUUUGGCCCAUUUGCUUUCCUUGCUGCUUUUGGGCAAUUCAGUUCUUUUCUCCAAACUGCACGGACAUCUCCCUUGAACAAUAUUCUGCAGUCUGCAUGAGAGAAGGAACUCAUCCUAAAGCUGCAGCUGCAGUCAGCUUAAACCCUGAUCCUCAUCAUCUCUCUCUUUGCCCCAAAGCAAGGAAAUGCAGUACAGUAAGUGGAAGAUGCCACCUACUGGGAAAAAUAAAUAAUUGCAUAGGGAAUGGGGAAAAUGGAUGGAGGACCAGCAAUCAACUUCUUGGCUGGCAUCUCGAAGACAGUUGCAAUUUAUAGAUUUUCACAUUCCCAAGAUGAUACACCUCGCUCCUCAUUUGCACAUCAGACCAAUCUUGCCCUGAAUGUUCACACGCACAGAUUACGCGAUAUCACAGUUCUUUGCACAAGCAAAUUCGAAUCCGCAUUAUAUUCCAAUGUGGACAAGUCCUGCUGAAAAAGAUUUUUGUUUUUUUUUGCAACAGGGUUAGAAACCAGCUCAAUUUGUUAGCACCUAACAAAUAAAUAAAUCUGGAAAAAUAUUUAUAUUCAAAUCAUACUACUGUGCCAGUGUGGUGUAGUGGUUAAGAGCGGUAGUCUCGUAAUCUGGGGAACCGGGUUCGCGUCUCCGCUCCUCCACAUGCAGCUGCUGGGUGACCUUGGGCCAGUCACACUUCUCUGAAGUCUCUCAGCCCCACUCACCUCACAGAGUGUUUGUUGUGGAGGAGGAAGGGAAAGGAGAAUGUUAGCCGCUUUGAGACUCCUUAAAAGGAGUGAAAGGCGGGAUAUCAAAUCCAAACUCUUCUUCUUCUUCUUCUUCAUUAGGGGGCACAGAAAACUGUCACAUUCAUGAGUCUUGCAAACCAUAUGUCUUGUGAGAGCAGUAUGCUCUGGUAGGAGAGCAUUGGCCCCAAAUCACAGAGAGGCAGAAGCUCUGAGCCUUUUCAAUGAACAUUGCUGGGAAAGCCUGGCACUGCCCCACCAGCCUUAGUCUAGGCUGAAUCGACAGAAGUAUAGUGUCCCGAUCCUGUAAAAGUCCCGCUCUAUUCUGCCUUGGUCAGACUGCACCUGGAGUCCUGUGUCCAGUUCUGGGCACCACAAGUUAAUUAGGAUAUUGACAAGCUGGAACGCGUGCAGAGGAGACAACCAAGAUGGCAAAGGGUCUGGAAAACAAGCCUUAUGAGCAACGGCUGAGGGAGGUGGGUAUGUUUAUCUUGGAAAAGGGGAGACUAAGAUCUAAAGGGCUGCCACAUGGAAGAGAGAGCAAGCUUGUUUUCUCCUGCUCUGGAGGGUAGGAACCGAACCAAUGGCUUCAGCUUACAAGAAAGGAGAUUCCAACUAAACAUCAGGGAAAUCUUUCUGACAGUAAGAGCUGUUUGACGGUGGAAUUAUCUCCUUUGGAAGGUGGUGGACUUUCCUUUCUUGGAGGUUUUUAAGCAGAUGUUGGAUGGCCAUCUGUCAUGGAUGCUUUAGUUGAGAUUCCUGCAUUGCAGGGGGUUGGACUAGAUGACCCUAGGGGUCCCUUCAAAUUCUACAAUUCUAUGAUUCUAGAAUUAGUUGGAUCUGCCUGUGAUUGCCUCUGGCUCUGCCUAUCAUUGCCUGCAGCUCUAACUACUGUUUGUUUCCCUGUCUUGCCCUACCAAGUCCCAAUGGGCAUCAGCCAUCACUGCCUGCUGCCACCACUGGCUUUGCAAUUCUGCUCAAGCCACACACCUUAGGACAGGCACAGGCAAACACGGCCCUCCAGAUGUUUCGAGACUACAAUUCCCAUCAUCCCUAACCACUGGUCCUGUUGGCUAGGGAUGGUGGGAGUUGUAGUCCCAAAACAUCUGGAGGGCCGAGUUUGCCUAUACCUGCCUUAGGAUCAUUGUGAAACUGUCUCACUGUCCAUAGAGCGGGAAUUUAUAAUCAUCACCCUUAUCGUCAUCAUCAUCUAGGCACACAGUAAGAGAUUUCAAAAAGUAAAAUGCAUAGCAACAACUUGGCAGGUGGACAGUGAGGACAGGAUCCUCUCAAAAGCAUAUGAUAAAUAGCAUCAAGGAAACAUCAGCUCAGGUGAACAAUUGAGCCAAGCUUGCAUGGGGGGAAAUCCCCACUGUGAAACAGCAGAAGACCGUGUUUUUCACAGAGCUUUAAAAACCUGUCAAAACAGCAGCUUUCACAAGGCUAUGAAAAUGCACCACAGAACUCUGGCAAAGAGCGAUACGCCCCAUUGUAAGACAACAUCUGUCAGGUGCCUAAAGAUCAUUUUCUAAAGGUCUGAGAGGAAGGGUCGUGGAUGUUCCCUUCAUCAUCCUUGCCAGUUUGUGAGAUGGCAGAGUUGUUGCAGAGUCCACAGGUAAAAUAAAAGGUCAGCUGGGAUCCUGAACCACCCAACCAUGUUAUCUCAUAUACCCCCUGGAUAGAAUUAGCUUCAUUCACUCACCUUAUGAUGGAGGCCAGGGGAAUUCCUAGGCUGUCGUCGGAGUGACAGGGACUCUGUAGGCUGCCUUCCCCACCUUGUCUCGGCUCCUCCUCUCGCUCGGUCCAGGGGGCAUCCGUGGCGGAGCUUGUCCCCGAGUCUGGCUCCAGGUGGGCCAGGGGGGCGAAGUUCUGCUCAAUGAGCUUGGCACUGUCUCGAAUUUGCUCUUGUACUUCCGGGGUGAGAGUUGGGAGGUCAAAGGUGAAGUACGUUCCGCUGUGCGUUUGGGCCGGGGAGGACAGGAUGUCAAUGGAGUCGAGGCUGGUGUAAGAGGUCCCUUUGGCUCGGUGAGACUCCAUGAUGCUCUCAAAAUGCCUGCUGAACGAAUCCAUGCCGUCCCUGGAGAGGCUGUGUCCGAGGAGAAAGGGCACUGGGGACUUGAGAAGCCCUUGGGCUUCUCUGUUGAUGAUCCUGGAGAUUGGGGAUGAGGUGGUGAGAAAGAGGGAGGCACAAGUUACAGAGAAACAGACACAGCAGUCCUCAACUCAGGGAAGUGUCUUCUACCCCACUGAUCAGAACGAGAGUCUUUCCAAAGGGGCAGAUAGCUCUUCCUGUGAUAAUUUAGGAAAUGCUUCCUUAGCCAGCAGCAUGGGCAUAGCCGGGGGGGGGGGCAGGGAGGAAGCUGCCCCUCCUGAAUCAAGUAAAUAAAUAAACUAACUAAAAGUAGAAAUAAUCAGAAUAUUCUAGUGAUUCUUCUUGUGGAAAGUACCGUAAUGACCCGGCUAAGGUAGAUGAUGACAGGGGAGCAUCUCAACGGGCUUUGAUUACUGAGUGUGCACAGAAAAACUGCAUUGGAAAAAAAAAGGAGUAAUUUGAAAAGGAAGUGCUGAAAAGAUUUUCAGCAAAUCCAAGAAAACUUGUUUUAGUUUAGAUUUUUUUAAAAAGAUGGAAAAUUCAUGUUCUUUGUAAUUUUGCAAAAUAUACCAGUUAAAUACAUGAAAGGGACUCUCUGGUGUUCAUUUUUUAUUUGACUUCCUAGUUUUCAAGUGACUGAAUAUUUUGACAGAUUUUUUUCUGAGCACUUGGGGUCAGAAAAGAAAGUAAUUAAAAGAAACUGUUGUUGAGACAUUUCAUUCCAAAUCUGCUAGACAGAGCAAGACAUAGGAUGAUGGCAGGUGGGUGUCCUGCCCACCCCCCAAUAAAUCCUGGCCAUGGUCAGGAGCUAACCAGAGUCAGCCUCUCUUCUGCCAAGCUAAGGCAUAGGGAAGAUCUACGGAUUCUGGCUCUCCCAUUGGGAAGGGAAGUUUCUGAGGUCUAGUCCAAUGGACUGGUGUGUAUCUGCACUGAGCAGGUUUGGAGUGCUUCUUCUGCACGUUUUGCUAGGACUAAAUCCCUUUUUGCUUAGUUUAUGCAACUGAUAGCCCACACUGGCCCAAGGGCUUUUGAUGGGUAAAAACAAUGUUCUUUUCAGUGGCGCUACCUGCAAUUCUGUCUUUCUAAGAAAAAGAGGGAACCUAUCCAGUUCCAUUCUUCUCCUCUGGCAGAGAAAGUGAUCCUGGCUGCUGUGGCCCCACCUUUCCUUUUAGCUAAGAGGAGUGGAAAGGCUGGAGCUGCAUACACUCCAACAUUUUGCCAAUGAAAAUAAGGAUGUCCUAAAUAAUAAUAAAGGGACGCGGGUGGCGCUGUGGGUUAAACCACAGAGCCUAGGACUUGCCGAUCAGAAGGUCAGCAGUUCGAAUCCCUGCAACGGGGUGAGCUCCCAUUGUUCAGUCCCUGCUCCUGCCAACCUAGCAGUUUGAAAGCACGUCAAAGUGCAAGUAGAUAAAUAGGUACCACUCCGUUGGGAAGGUAAACGGCGUUUCCGUGCGCUGCUCUGGUUCGCCAGAAGCGGCUUAGUCAUGCUGGCCACAUGACCCAGAAGCUGUACCUCGGCCAAUAAAGCGAGAUGAGCGCCGCAACCCCACAGUCAGUCAUGACUGGACCUAAUGGUCAGGGGUCCCUUUACCUUUUAAAUUAUUAUGAUUAUGAUGAUGAUUAUUAUUUUACUAUUUAUACCCCACCCAUCUGACUGGAUUGCCCUAGUCACUCUGGGCAGCUUCCAACACAUAUAAAAACACAACAAAACAUUAAACAUUAAAAAACUUCCCUAUACAGGGCUGCCUUCAGAUGGCUCAGGGGUCAGAUAACUCCAUACCCUCUGAUGAAAACAGGGACAUCCUAAGGAAAAGCGGGACACUCCAGGAUCAAAUCAGAAACCGGGAUGGCUUCUGUAAAUCCAGGACUGUCCCUGGAAAACAGGGACACUUGGAGGGUCUGGAGUUGUGCAUCUUCACCCAGAUUUGCCUUGAGAUAUGAUUUGUCUCCAAGCCAAGUGCACACGGCAUGUGUCUACCAUUUCAGUAUUCUGGAGCUGUAUUCUUUUGGCCUGCAUAGCUGGUCAUCCUUCUCCCAUGUCCCUGAGAGGCAUUUUACUCUCAUAAACUCCAUCUCCCCCUGUGGUUACCCCUUUUUCUCCUGACACCACACUGCUCUUUCAGAAUUCAGAAUCUUUAUUUACAUCAACCACUAGCCCUAGCAAUAAAAUAAAAUAAAAUGUACUGAAGAUAGAGGUAAAAACUUAACUAUAGGAAGUACAUUUCGGGGGUUUACAUCAAUAAUCAAAUAAUAGAUCAUAUUCUAAUUGCCCCCACUAAAAAUCUUGCAGUUUUUGCUGUCACCUGAUCUUCUUGAUCUGCUAAAAGAAAAGGACACAGUAGCAAUGGUUGAGCGACAAUAAUAGAGGGGUAAUAACCUCACUCCUCAAAUCUUUAUAAAAAGUGCAAGCCAGAAGCACAUGAGCCACGGACUCAAUACUGCCAUCUCCACAGGGACAUAGUAGCUUUUCUGGUGGAAUUUUUUGAAAUCAACCCUCAAGUACAGCCAAAGGCAGUAUAUUCUAUCUUGUGAAAGUGAAAGUGUGUCUGUAUUUUGGAAUUGUUAAAUUUCGCAAAUAGGGUGCCAAAGUGUCAAAAUGACUAGUUGGAAAAUAAUCAUACCACAGACAAAAUUUCCUUAUUGUGGCCAGAUUAUUCUGUCGCUCAAUAUCAUAUAGGUGUUGUCUAAUUAAAUUAUUUGAUUUACUGAAGCCCAGGGUUAAUAAUUGUUGUGGUGAUAAACCAGGAAAGGAAAGAUUUUGGUUGACAAUUUUAGUCCAAGCCCUCUCGUGACAACCUUGCAAUACUAAGGGUAGUAGAACAGCGGGGUUUAAAUUUAGGCAAAGCCAAUGGUUAAAUGUCCUACACCAAAUCUGUAAUUCAUAGAGGGGAGGUCAGGUCACUGCUGUUUACUAAAAUGUUCUCCCUCUUGGAAAAUGGUGCAGAGUAAGCCAUGGGCAUUGAGCAGCUUUCCCCUUCAAAACAGGUGGAAAGAGUGGUUCUUAACCCUUCCUGGCACUUUUAUUCUGCAGUUGCUUCUUUUGCUUUUGCAAGCAAGUUGGAAAUAGGGGAUAUUAUUCCGGUCAUCGCUAGACUUCUCUCUGACCUCCUUUUUUUUACACCCCAGUCUUUCUACCUGUAGGCACAAUUCUGCCAUCAAAACUAUUCACAUCUCUCCAUUGUUCAAACCAUUCAACUUGCCCUUCCUCAAAUCCUUUCAAUGGCUUCUCUUCUCCUUCCGCCAGACCCAAAACUCCCUGUGCUUUGACAGCUCAGCUGCCGACAGAGGGAGUCACUAUACAGGGAUACCGUUGCCUAGACAGGGAUCUUGCUGCGCCGAGACAAGGCUUUAAAAUCCUGUCGGAAUCUGAAGUCUGCUGAGACUACUGAGAUCAGCACACUUUAGCAUGUAUGGAGCAUUUUCAUGGAGAGCUGAGAUUUUCAGUGUCAAAAGGAAGGAGCCACAUCUGACGUAGCUGGAGAAAAUGAAUUUCAGCUGCUUUUUCUACUCAUAAUCAGUGGAGUGCAGAGUCUGCAGCAAGGAACAGGGUUUCCAUGGGGAGUAAUAAUAAUAAUAAUAAUAAUAAUAAUAAUUUAUUUUUACUCCGCCCAUCUGGCUGGGUUUCCUCAGCCACUCUGGGCGGCUUCCAACAGAAUAUUAAAAUACAAUAGUCUACUAAACAUCAAAAGCUUCCCUAAAAAUGCAAUAUGCAAAAGGUGAAUUUAUCCCCUACUCUGCCAAGACAUGCUUGUGGGUAUACCAAGAGUCAGAGCUGGCCUAAGACAUUUUGGCACCUGAGGCAGACCACAAAAUGGCGUCUGCCUCCGCUGUGAGGGAAGAAGCGGCAAGCGAAGGUCUACAUCAGCAACAAGUAAGGAAUAAAGAUCGACAUUGAGAUCUGCUGCCCCUGUGGAUGUUGCCAUCUGAGGUGGUCACCUCACCUUGUUUCAGGAGCUGGCCUAUCCUGCUGAGAAUCUUAAUAAAUAUAUCCCUCCCCAUGGGCUCAGGACAGGUUAAGAACUCUUUUUUUUUGCAAGGAUGGAGGGCAUACCCAAUAAUACAAAUAUAUGUGUAUAUUUGAUCACAAGUGAUUUACCUCAUCUUCAGUUGCUGAAUGCCAAUCCAAAUAGGAAAGUCUUUCAACAUUCCCAGAAGGAAUUUAAUGGACCUCUAGAGAACAAGAAUUCCUUAGUUUCCAAAACCCUACACCCCCCCAUGUGUGUGUGUGUAAUUAGAUGGUUAGUGCAGGAUUCAAUUAAGUUGUUGUGCUUGCAUAAGCCAGAGCAAGGAUUCCUGCUAGUGCAAUGGGGCUUCCUCCCCGCCAAAAAAAUUCCCCUGUGUGCCUCUGUACCCUCCUCAAAUCUGCUUGGAGAACCUCCAGAACAGCACACAGGGAGGAGGGAGGCGAUACCGCCCUGAGACCUUUGGGUAUAAAGGGUAAAGGGGACCCCUGACCAUUAGGUCCAGUCAUGGCCAACUCUGGGGUUGCGGUGCUCAUCUCGCUUUACUGGCCGAGGGAGCCGGUGUACAGCUUCCGGGUCAUGUGGCCAGCAUGACUAAGCCGCUUCUGGCAAACCAGAGCAGCACACGGAAACACCGUUUACCUUCCUGCCGGAGCGGUACCUAUUUAUCUACUUGCACUUUGACGUGCUUUCGAACUGCUAGGUUGGCAGGAGCAGGGACCGAGCAACGGGAGCUCAACCCGUCACGGGGAUUCGAACCGCCGACCUUCUAAUCGGCAAGUCCUAGGCUCUGUGGUUUAACCCACAGCGCCACCCGCGUCCUUUGGGUAUAGGGCGAUAUAUAAAUCCAAUAAAUAAUAUUAAUAAUAAUAAUUCCACCUUGCAAGCAGAAAUGUUUGCACUGAUUACACAACCUCCUCAGUACGACACUGCAUUCCAUCCUUUGUCUUGCAUCUCAACAUCAUUUGUUCAUUGAGUUUUCCCAAAGUAACCAGGUAGCAACCUUGCCAUUUGUUCUGUCCUAGCCUCUGUUUUGUUGCCUACCUUUUCUCUGACCUGAUUCGUGGCAAUUGUUUUGAGUUAAAACGCAACUGCAGCCUAGCCUGUCCAAAUCUCACAGUGCUGUUGAGAUUUGCCAGAACCUUUAAUUUUCUGCUCCAGCCUCUGUCACUUUAAGUGGUUGGUUCCUGUUCACUGACAUAUACCCAGCAUUUCCCUGAAUCUGCCCGUCAGCCAGUCACUUCAAAGAGGGACAAGUUUAAUUAUUGUACUUUCCCCUUGCGGCCAGAACAAUUGUUCAUCAUCAUCAUCAUCAUUUAGUUUUUAUGAGCCGAAUUUUGCCACUGUGAUACUGAAAAUGAAAUAAUUAAUGAGCAAUUGGUCUGGCUUCAAAGAGGACACAAUUUUCUCUCUCUCCCUUUUACUUCUGGGUUAAUGUUUGAGUUUAGACAAAGAAGAUUCCAAUGAACUCCUCUCACAUGGGAAAUUCAGGGCUGAUUCAGGAACAUCAGCCAUAUGAGUGAAAAGGAAGCUGUCAAAGUGCUAGAAACAGAAGCUACUUCAAAAGAAAGAAGAAACCAAAGGGAUAGCUGCAGGAAGAAGGGUGCAUUUGCCCCAAAGAAUGGAUAUAUAAUAGAUUCUUGCCGAUGGAAAUGGACACUGUGAGAUUUGCUUUAUCGGGAAUAUGCUGUGUGGAACAGCUCUUCUAAUUUGCUGCAGCUAAUUGCAGACAACCAGUGCCUUUGCAGCACCAAAGUGUCGCAGUAUUGAAGCAACACAAUGGGAAGCUGCUUCGCUCCGCCUCCACUUUGUGUCCGAGAAGUUCAUAAUGACAAUUGUCACCAGCUUCAAUGGCUGAAAAGGUCCCCCAGAUGAGCUUUGGCAAGACCCAACCCAGCCUUAACAGGAAAGAGGUAGCUCUGUAUGAAGAGACUAAGUCAAGCAAGUAAAGCCUAUGCUUUGUUUUGAGCGUCUCCACCCCCAUCGUUCUACCCGGACACUGAGGACCAGCACCGAGGGCCUUCUGGCGGUUCCCUCACUGCAAGAAGCCAAAUUACAGGGAACCAGGCAGAGGGCCUUCUCGGUAGUGGCACCAGCCCUGUGGAACACCCUCCUACCAGAUGUCAACGAGAACAACAAUUACCAGACUUUUAGAAGACAUCUGAAGGCAGCCCUGUUUAGGGAAGCUUUUAAUGUUUGAUGUAUUACAGUAUUUUAAUAUUUUUUUUGGAAGCCGCCCAGAGUGGCUGGGGAAGCCCAGCCAGAUGGGCGGGGUAUAAAUAAUAAAUUAUUACCAUUAUUAUUAUUAUUAUUAUUAUUAUUAUUAUUACUAUCUUGACCUCUGUAAGAACAAAACCAGACAAUAUUGCUCAAUACAAGGGACAAGCUUGGUACUGACCAGUCCAGAGAGACCCUCACCUCUCCUGAUGCUGUUGGAUGGCUUCGAAUACCUCGUCGUCUUCAAUGUCCUGUGUCUUGUUUCUCAGACACUUGUCACCAUCUUCUCUUGUGUGCUGAGCAAAGGGGUCUCCUGGAACAGGACACCCUUUCCCCAAGAUUCCCGUGAAACUUGGAUUGCUCUCGCUGUCUUUCUGGCUCUCGAUGGCUGAAUCCGCUUCAUCUUUCUCAGCCAAUAUAUCAUCAAUGUUGGUCUCGUGGUAGCACCUCAAAGGGACAGAAUCCAAGUCAGUCUCCGAGUACUUUAUGGUUCUGCGGAUUAUUCCCGUUUCACAGUUUCCAGGUUUUGCACUGCCUGGUGGAGCCAUCUCAAUUUCCACCUCCACGUGGCACAAGCUAUGCUCGGGUCCUGUCCAAUCUGGCUUUGGCUGAAUCUGGUGGUUGGAUUUCUUGAGCUGCUGAGGUGGAGGAUCAGGUGCGUUAUGAGGACGCAUCCCUGAAAUAGAGAGAUCCCGGGUUACAAAUAAAAACUACUCACUAAGUCCUGGCAGAUGCUGGAUCUCUGAACCUUACAUGAGAAUCAUGGAACUGACAAAGAAAUAUGCCAUAUGUCAAAGGGGGGAAAGGGUAAAGGACCCCUGGACGGUUAAGUCCAGUCGAAGGUGACUAUGGGGUUGCGGUGUUUAUCUCGCUUUCACGCCGAGGUAGCCGGCGUUUGUCCACAGACACCUUUCCAGGUCAUGUGGCCAGCAUGACUAAACCGCUACUGGCACAAUGGAACACCGUGAUGUAAGCCAGAGCGCAUGGAAACGUCAUUUACGCUCCCGCCACAGUGGUACCUAUUUAUCUACUUGCCCUGGUGUGCAUUUGAACUGCUAGGAUGGCAGUAGCUGGGACAGAGCAAUGGGAGCUCACUCCGUCGCAGGGAUUCGAACUGCCGACCUUCUGAUCGGCAAGCCCAAGAGGCUCAGUGGUUUAGACCACAGCACCACCCGCGUCCAUAUGUCAACACCUCUGGUUGUACAGUACAGACUGUGUAUCCCAAUCAGACAAAGAGAAAAAUGGAGAAGAAAAACGAAAACAGACAGUGGAAGGAAGGAAGGAAGGAAGGAAGGAAGGGGCAGGUUCCCCCACAUUCUAAAGUGUUUAGCAUUUGUUAAAGGCUCCAUUUAUUUAGAUUAAUCCCAAUUUGCUUGCACAAAGCUUACGGAGAGGUCAGACAAUAUCUGGUCAUUACUGGGCAUUCAAUUCAACUUGUUUAUGGGGAGGUUAUACACCAAUGAACCUGUUAGAGUCAUAGAAUUGUAGGGUUGGAAGGGACCACGAGGGUCAUCUAGUCCAACCCCCCCUGCAAUGCAGGAAUGUUUUGCCCAACAUGGGGCUCAAACCCAUGAUGCUGAGAUUAAAAGUCUCCACCAACUGAGCUAUCCCUUCAUCCUGAUUUGCCAAGUGUAUGGUAAGGCUUAUUUCUGAGUAGACAUGCCUUAAGCUGGAGUGGGGAAGACUGUUUUGAAUUGGGUAGGAUGAGCAACAAUGGUUUGCUCCUUUCUCUCUCUUACUUUAAAUAGUUUUUAAAAGUUACCACUCUUGACAAAGAUGUAUUUUUUAUAUUUGCAAGAGCACAGUUGGUGGCUGCCAUCAUCAUCUCCCAGAAUAUUCCUGAAGUGACACUGAUUGUCUUUCUUUCUUACAGUUUAAACUUUUAAAGGAGAGGGAUGGGGUUUACUUCAGGCAACCUGUUUAUUCAGCAUUCAUUCUAAUUUGCUUUGCACAGAGCUAACGCAGUGGUUAGACUAUGUCUGGCCUAUAUUGAACAUUCAUCCUGGCUUGUUCACGGGGUGUUUCCACACCUUCCUAUUGGUCAAUCGUCCAUCUCACACUUUUGAGUGCAUUUCCCUGUCACAUUCCUAACUGCAAAAAGUUUGUCCUUUCUUUUUAUAGUGAAUUUGUUGUGCUAGAGCAACAGAGUGCUUUAGUGCGCUUUAAUUGAGCAAACCCAAAUUUCUGCUGUGAACUUGAAACCCUCCCACAAAAUAGUGACAGCUUAGAGACAGAUGGAGAAAGCAAGGGGUGGGGGAGAGGAGAUGAGACCACCACCACUUUCUGCAAUGAUAAGCACCCUUAAGCCAGGCAUGGCCAAACUUGGCCCUCCAGAGGUUUUUGGGACUACAGUUCCCGUCAUCCCUGACCAUUGGUCCUAUUAGCUAGGGAUGUUGGGAGUUGUAGUCCCAAAACAACUAAAGGGCCAAGUUUGGCCAUGCCUGCCUAAGCCAUAUGAACAAUUUUGCCCCCCUCCAAAAAAGUCAAUGAAAUCUGCCUGCAACUUGCCCUUGUAAGGGCACCUUUUCCAGCCCUACUUUAAAGGUAUCCCUAAUAUAUUUUAACAAUCUGCGUACGCGGUGUUAUGUAUUCCCCCCCUUCAAAUAAGAAUUUAAUUUAUCUCAAAUAAGAAUUUAAUUCCACCUUUUAACUUCGUGAUUAUUUGUGUAUCAGCUAAAACACACAUUAUUCAAUCGUCAUAACUUCCUUGAAAUUGAAUAGUGCUUGGGGAGUAAUCAGAGUUCUAACUCCAAUUUCACAGACUGUUAAAUCUUUUAAGGACUGUGGGGGUGAUGGAAAAAUCAUAAGCAGAAGCUCUUUCUGAAAUACUUCCCCCCCCCAUUUUUUAUAUUUAUGUUUUCUAAUGGACUAACUGAUAUAAUUGAAAAGAUUGAUAGGAAGGAAAGCAUUUAUUGUUCCUUUUCCUAAUUAGUUCUUCAUAUCUGCAAAUUCCCCUUCUUGCUUUUAAUCAUUUUAGUCCAUUGAAACCAAUUCUAGCAUUCAUCAAGGUCCAUCCCAAAUUCUUCAAUGUCAGUGUUAAUUGUCUUAACAGAUACGCAUUUCAUCUUGCAGUUUCUUCAUCUCUUUCUCAUUACUGUUUGUUUGUUUGUUUGUUUGCUUGUUUAAAUCAGGGGUCGGCAAACUUUUUAAGCAGGGGCUCGGUCCACUGCCCCUCAGACCUUGUGGGGGGCCAGACUAUAUUUUGGGGAAAGAAUUGAACAAAUUCCUAUGCCCCACAAAUAACCCAGAGAUGCAUUUAAAAUAAAAGGACACAUUCUACUCAUGUAAAAACACGCUGAUUCCCGGACUGUCCGCGGGCUGGAUUGAGAAGGUGAUUGGGCCGCAUCUGGUCCCUGGGCCUUAGUUUGCCUACCCAUGGUUUAAAUAGCUCAAGACUGGAAAAAACAUCUUAGCUCACUGAAAGACCAUAUUCCCUCAUACAAUCCUGCCUGGGUCUCUGAGAAGGGGGGCGGGGGGCGGCACUUGACAACUUUGGAACUCUCUUCCUCAGAGAACCCAGACUAGUUCCCUCUGUGCUAUUCUUCUGCCGACAGCUGAAGACCUUUCGGCAUUUGGGAACUGACUGAUUUUACUGAGGGGACUGGUGCCAUGUUGUUUUUAUGGUAAUUAUCUAUAUGUUUUUAAUAGCUAUCAGACACACACAGAGUUGUUUUUUAACGACCCCCAUAUUUAGUUGUUCUUAUUUUAUCUUUAUAGGACGCGGGUGGCGCUGUGGGUUAAACCACAGAGCCUAGGACUUGCUGAUCAGAAGGUCAGCGGUUUGAAUCCCCACAACGGGGUGAGCUCCCGUUGCUCGGUCCCUGCUCCUGCCCACCUAGCAGUUUGAAAGCAUGUCACAGUGCAAGUAGAUAAAUAGGGACCACUCCGGUGGGAAGGUAAACGGCGUUUCCGUGCACUGCUCUGGUUCGCCAGAAGCGGCUUAGUCAUGCUGGCCACAUGACCCGGAAGCUGUAUGCCGGCUCCCUCGGCCAAUAAAGCAAGAUGAGCAGCGCAACCCCAGAGUCGGUCACGACUGGACCUAAUGGUUAGGGGUCCCUCUACCUUUACCUUACCUAUUUUAUCUUUAAGACGCCUUGAGUCCCUGUCAGGGUAAAAAGCGGGGUAUAACUAAAGAGAUAAUAACAACAAUAAUCAUCUCUACUUGAUUCUAGAUUCAGAUAGGUAGCCGUGUUGGUCUGAUGCAGUCGAAAGAAAAAAUUAAAAAAUAGUCCAGUAGCACCUUAGAGACCAACUAAGUUUGUUCUAGGUAUAAGCUUUCGUGUGCGUGCAUACUUCUUCAGAAACACUGAAACAGAAGUCACCAGACCCUUAUAUAUAGUUGAAGGGUGGGGUGGGGUUUUUCUCAGACAGGUAGUAGGAGAUGGUUGAUUGGCUCAAUGGGUAUGGUAAACCUGCUGACAACAGUUAACAACUGCAAUUAGUCAAUACCCCACCCCACCCCACCCUCCCACUGUAUAAAAGGGUCUGGUGACUUCUGUUUCAGUGUAUCUGAAGAAGUGUGCAUGCACACAAAAGCUUAUACCUAGAACAAACUUAGUUGGUCUCUAAGGUGCUACUGGACUAUUUUUCUAAUUUUUUAUAAUCUCUACUUGAGACUUUAUUAGUCAGUCUUAGGCUAGAUGGGCCAAUAUUUAUGGAUGCAGCAUUAGGCAGCUUCACACAAUCAGCCUGCAGGAAGGGGGUUAAGAAGCACCAGGCGGAAUCAAACAAAGAGCAGGGCAGGCUCUGGUGCUUACUGAUAAAAAUAUCUUAUCAGUAAGCACCCGCUCUCCUCUUUGUUUGAAGGUUCAUGCAAUCACUCUGCCAUGUCACAUACUUCCCUGGUGACUGAGGUUGUGCACGGAUGAGGCCAUUCCUUUCUUUUACAUCGCUCCACUUGGUCGCUGUAUGUUUGCGCACUGUUCUUUGUACGGGUGCAGUCAAGAAAGAUGUGCAUCACUCACAAGUGUUGCUCUGCUGGGAAGCUUAUGGGUAGAUUUUUGGGGAUGGAAACACUUCCAUUUGCUCCCUUUUGUGCCUGCAGCCUCUUUUCCUUUUUUUGUCUGCCCACAGUCACAGCAUCCACUUACAAGGAAAGGUUCUUGCCCAGCUUUUCCCAACUUGGUGGCCUCCUGGUGCUUUUGAAUUACCACGCCCAUCAACCCCUGCCAGCAUGGCCAUGCCAACUGGAGCUUAUGGGAACUGUGGCCCAAAACCAAGAGGGUACCAGGCCUCUCUUGUAACACUGUCAAUCUCUUAGUUAAUAUUUCCCUUCCUCACCGCACAGUGACCUGGUUUGCAUAUCACUGCUAAGUCAGAGUAUGGCUUACUGUGACUUCACAAAUGGCUCCCAGAGAGUAGCUCAUCCCUGCUUCACUUCAUCCCCUGACUUUUGAGGUUAGUGCAGGAUGGCAGCUAAAAGGUAAAGGGACCCCUGACCAUUAGGUCCAGUCGUGACCGACUCUGGGGUUGCGGCGCUCAUCUCGCUUUAUUGGCCGAGAGAGCCGGUGUACAGCUUCCAGGUCAUGUGGCCAGUAUAACUAAGCCGCUUCUGGCGAACCAGAGCAGUGCACGGAAAUGCCAUUUACCUUCCCACUGGAGCGGUACCUAUUUAUCUACUUGCACUUUGAUAUGCUUUUGAACUGCUAGGUGGGCAGGAGCUGGGACCGAGCAACGGGAGCUCAUCCCAUCACGGGGAUUUGAACCGCCAACCUUCUGAUCAGCAAGCCCUAGGCUCUGUGGUUUAACCCACAGCGCCACCCGUGUCCCUAGGAUGGCAGCUAGGCUACAGUUAACUUAACAUUUUGCCCAAACUCAGGAUCAUUCUUGUAACCGUAGGAGGAACUCUGGCUAUGGAUUGUGGUUAAGGUGGAGAGAUACUUAGCCAUGCUCUGGGUUCAGACGAUGCACUAAACCAAACCUUGGCUUAGCUGCUGCAAUUAUUUAAAAAGUCCAGGAAGGAACAAAGUGGCUGCAGAUUCCUCUUCGAGAGGCAGCACUAAGCCAUGGUUUGUCUUAGCAUGAUGUGCAAACGCAACCACUGUCUAUCCAGACACUGCAAGGAACGCAUUCCAGGGGAAAAGAGACCUCUCUCCAUUUUUACAGAGCUUGUUGUUGUUGGUAAAAUUUGUAUACCACCCUAUACCUGUAGAUCUCAGGGUGGAUCACAACCUAAAAAGCUGUAACAGAGUCAGAAUGAGGAGCACCUCCAGCAGGAAGUAUAGAGUGUAUCAGUUGCUUCUGGGGCAUAUCCCAGGAAAAAUAGCUGGAGAGGACGCUAUGGAAAACCACUUCCAGCUUUCCUAGCCCUUAGGCCCUUGCACGUAAUAUCCCAGGGAUGGACCUAUGCAAAAGGAGGAGUUUCUCAGGAUCUCUAGCAAAUGGUAGGUCCACUUCCUCAUAGGAAGUGAAUGCUGCAAUUCACAUUUCAACACCUACAAAGGGUUGGAUGAGGGUCCCCCUGUUCAUCUCAGGUCUUUCCCACAGCUACCUCUGCCUUGUUCCACACCCAUGCAUUCGAUUCUUCUCUCCUUACAUAUUUUCCUUGUUGAAUUUCAGCUUAACACCACCCAACCAGCAGCCCAGCUAAUGAGAGCCCAUUUUUGCAUUUCAAGCCUGCUAUCUAAGGGUGCAUGUCUACCGUUCCUGCGUUGUCUGAAUCUGGCAGCCACACUGGACAUUGCUUUAUAAAAGUCAGCAACUGCCAGCAUCCAAAUGCGCCCCUGCUGUGACUGCAUCCACAACAGUACCGUAUGUGGAACCUCCGCCAGGACACCGUUUUUGAGGGUUGAAUGCUGAAGAGAUGCUGAUUUUCAUAUAUUCAAAUGCUCUCCCCUACCAGUACUUGCAUCGAGCUCAUUACCUGUUCCAGGAGGGUCCAGGGAGCCAUAGAAGAAUUCCCACUUAGCCUUGGCGAUGCGCUGGGCGUGGGCAGAGCUCUCUCGGGAAUAUGCCCAUGGACUCCCCUAUAGAAAAGAGAGAGAGAAAAUGCUUAUUUGUGAGGUUCCUUGCAUGGGAUGGAGGAAGAUGUAGGAAGAAGGGGCAGAGGAGAUGCCAUUCCUGGCAAGGAAGGGACUCUGAAGUACCUGGUACUGGGACUCCCCGCUCUGUGGGCUUCUCCGGAGCGCUGAGAUGUCGUUGGAAGGGCUGAUCAUGCCGUUGGUAAGGGAGCUGGAGAGGCAGUUGGCAUUGAGAGAAUGUGGGCUCCCAUUGCCCAGGCUCUGGGAAGACUGUGCUCCCAAAAGGAACCUGUUUCCAGCCAGGAGAGGGUCCGAAGCAGAUGUCUCCAGCUUCAGCUUAUGACUAAGGUGCUCCUGGCCUUUACCGCUGAGGGCCAGUGGGGCCUGUUCCACAGCAGGGCCAGUACCAGCCAAGACAGACUCAUUCGUCUUCACUUUGAUGCUCUCGUUUGCCUCUUGAGCGACAGGCUCCGGGGACGCUGCGGCGUUACGCUGUGGGGAAUGCGGAUUUUGGGCCACGGGGCAACCGCUUCCCUGCUUCCUUGCCGGGCUUCCAAAAUGGAGGGCUUCCCCGAGCUCCAGACUCCUGCUCAAGCCACUCUCCUUCCUGGACUCCACCAGAGGGAGGCCAUUCAAAGUUUUGACGCUGGCCUUCUCGAUGAAGCGGAAGGUCACCACAGAGCUUUGUCCGCCGGGGGCUGAGGCGACCAGGGGGAUGCGGCUACCUGGAGAGCCCAGCGAGGGCGGAGGCCUGCUCCUCAGCGGUGUGCAUGGAGCUGUCACUCUCCCUGAGUUGGGGCAGUUGCUGUUGCCAAGGUAACCCAUCUCUGUGACCUUCCGGAUGAGGGAGCCAGUGCUGUUAUACAUGCCCAGUUGGGAGCGCUUGGCCUCCACGGUGAGCCCCUUGCGGAGGAGGUGGAUCCUGCCGGCGUUGAGGUUGGGCGUGAGGCAGUGCUGGGGGUUCAAGGCAGCAGGUUCUGCAUUCUUGGACGGCGACAGCCAAGGCCGCCUCUUCAGCUCUCGGGCAAAGCGCUGAGGGGACAUGGCGUGGUCUCCCUCAGGGUGGAAGCACAUGACUGCUCCUGCCUGGGACAUCCUGGAGCAGGCGAAACAGAUUCGGAGCCGAACGGGGAAACGCGAGGAGCAGGAGCGGAACUUCCCAAGCAGCACUGAGGUAAGAAAUCCAGCGGGAGUAAGCUGUGCUAUGUGGCCCUGAAAGCGAUAGCAAAAAGUCAGAGGUGAGGAUCUCAGUGGCACAUUUGAUUUAGAGGCACGCUGAGAUAGGGAGGGAGAGCUUGCGAACUGAACCUACAUUGCAGGAGUCCCCAAACAAGGCUAGAGAACAAGGAGCAGGGAACGAGGGAUAGCUCAGUUGGUAGAACACAAGACUCUUGAUCUCAGGGCUGUGAGUUCCAGCCCCGCAUUGGCAAAAUAUUCCUGCAUGGCAGGGGGUUGGCCUAGAUGAUCCUUGUGGUUCCUUCUAACUCCAUGAUUUUAAAUUUAGAAGGGGAAAAAACCAUUUUUCCAGCCUGAAGGCCAAAUUCUCUUCUGCGCAACUUUCUGAGAGCCACAUGGCAGUGAUGGGCAGGGCCAGAGGCAAAAGUGAUCAGGGCAAAAAUGUAUAUAUAUUUUUACUUGGUUUCAUGGUUUAUUUUUCACAAAAUAACUUCCUAUAAGGAAGCAUUCUUGUGAAUGAGUUACUUUGAAAUUGCAUUAUGUUGUCCAGUCAUCCCGUUCUUGGAAAAAUCUCUAAAACAAAAUGAUUUUAUUUUACUUAUUAAAAUAUUAAUAGGCUGCUAUUUCAUUCACAAAAGCAGUUUACAACAAAAAAUGCAUAACACCGCAGAAAAAAGUUAACUACAGACAUCAAUUAACCAGUGCAGAAAGACGUAUUCUAAGUUGGCUGCAUAGGCCUGGCAGAAUAGAAAAAGGUUUAUAUAUUGUAUUUUACUGCCUUUUAUACCCCACAUUUCCACCAAGCAGAUCAAGGUGACGUACACGGUUCCCUUCCUCCCAUUUUUAUCCCCACAGCCACCCUGUUAGGUGGGUUCGGCCGAGAGGUCCAAGGUCACCCAAGGAGCUUCGUACCCGAGUGGGGAUUUGAACCCUGGUCUGACACUCUAACCACUGCAACAUACUACAGGCGUUCGAAAGUUUAAACAGAAGGUGCCCGCUGAACCUCUAGUGACAAAAUGCCUCACAAUAAUGGGCCAAUGAUACUAUUUCUUGUUAUCAAGUGAGCCUCGCCAACUCGGGUAUAAAGACUCAGGCGAUUCCUGAGGUAAACCUUGACCAAAGUUGUUCAGUUAUGCAGAUAAUGUUUGGAGAAGCCUUAUUUGAUUAAUAGAGUACCCGGCCUCUAGUGGGCAGGGCUUUUAAGCUGCAAUCUAGAAUCUAGAAUCUAGAACCGGCUCCUCCAGGUUGUCAGGUUUUUUUUUAAAAAGUGGUUAACUGUCACAUACCUUAAGGGAUUUCAUUUCUCUCAGCCAGUAUGUUACUAUGCUACAUUUCUCUAUUAAUGCUUUGUUACACACACACACACACACACACACACACACACGUGAGCCAUUUGCUUCACUGAAUGAAAAGACAAACUAAAGAAGGAGAAGGUGGAAUAUCUUACACUGGGUGAGUAAUGAGAUAUUUCCUUGACAGGAGGGCUGAUUUUUAGUCACCCCACCCCUCCACAAGACAGAGAACAGCAAGAAUGGGAACCAUGUUUUUCUUUGAACAGCUGACUGCAAGACAGCCAUCAUUAAUUUUGCCACAGGUAGUUAAUUCUAUUUUAAAAAAUAUAAUUUUUUAUUAAAUUUUCCAUUUUAACAAUCCAAUCCGAUCACAUUAAAUAUUCCAAAUUAUACAAAUACGUAUCAUAUAGUCCAAAUAUUCUGCAAAAUUAUAAAUUUUUAUUGGGGCUUCCCAUGCUUCAAGUUCGGGGUGGGCUCUGAUCAUCUCAUAUCUUUACUACCUUGAGUUUCCGAUAGUUAAUUCUAAGUUUGUGAAACUCUAGAUGGGGGAGGGGGAACCCAUUAAUCUCUUACCCUCCAACAUUUCUCCAAUCAAAAUAGGGAUGUCCUAUUCAAUAAGAAUAAGAAUAAGAAUAUGAAUAAGAAUAAGAAUACCCUGCCCAUCUGACUGGGUUGCUGUAUCCACUCUGGGCAGCUUCCAACAGGUUAUACAAAAACACAACAAAAACAUGAAACAUUUUAAAAAAACCUUCCCUAUACAGGGCUGCCUUCAGAUGUCUUCUUAUAGGUUGUAUAGUUACUUAUCUCCUUGGCUUGGGAGUCAUGUAACUUCAUACCCUCCGACAUUUCUCUGAUGAGAACAGGGACACCCAAAGGAAAAGCAGGACAUUCCAGGAUCAAAUCCAAAACUGGGAGGGCUUCUGUAAAUCUGGGACUGUCUCUGGAAAAUAGGGACACUUGGUGCUGUGAUAUAGUAUCGAUCUCAGGGAAAGAAAGAGCACACAUGUACCAUUCAUCAGAUAUGAGGAAUGGCGGCAUGGUUAUUUUGCUCCUCCAAGUACUCAGGUUGGGAAGCUGAUGAAUAAUAAUAAUAAUAAUAAUAAUAAUAAUAAUUUAUUAUUUAUACCCCGCCCAUCUGGCUGAGUUUCCCCAGCCACUCUGGGCAGCUCCCAAUCAAAUGUUAAAAACAGUACAGCAUUAAAUAUUAAAAACCUCCCUGAACAGGGCUGCCUUCAGAUGUCUUUUAAAGAUCGGAUAGCUGCUUAUUUCCUUCACAUCUGAAGGGAGGGUGUUCCACAGGGUGGGUGCCACUACCGAGAAGGGCCUCUGUCUGGUUCCCUGUAACCUCACUUCUGGUUCCCUGUAACCUCACUUCUCGCAAUGGAGGGAACCGCCAGAAGGCCCUCGGGGCUGGAUCUCAGUGUACGAUGAACGAUGGGGGUGGAGACGCUCCUUCAGGUAUACAGGACCAAGGCCGUUUAGGGCUUUAAAGGUCAUAGAAUCAUAGAAUCAUAGAGUUGGAAGAGACCACAAGGGCCAUCGAGUCCAACCCCCUGCCAAGCAGGAAACACCAUCAGAGCACUCCUGACAUAUGGUUGUCAAGCCUCUGCUUAAAGACCUCCAAAGAAGGAGACUCCACCACACUCCUUGGCAGCAAAUUCCACUGUCGAACAGCCGAACUGUCGAACAGCACCAACACUUUGAAUUGUGCUUGGAAACGUACUGGGAGCCAAUGAAGAUCUCCCAGGACCGGUGUUAUGUGGUCCCUUAUGUGAAGAGGCUCUCUCCACAUAGAAACGACAUCCGGCAUGAAGUAGCCAUGGAGAAUAUCUUGAACUCACCCAACAUACGUUGGUGCUUGAGGCUUAUAAAUGAGAAUGGGUCCUCCGCCUAUCUCUAGUGGGUCCAUACUAAUGGUUGUGUAAAGCUUCUGUCCAUUUUAGUGGGAUGUGCUUGUGCAGGAAACACUCCCAGUGUAGUGUGUGAGAUCUGUCUGCCUCCCACUCCACCUCCCCAGAUCUUCUCUCUCCGCCUCUGACAGUCCCAACUACCUGCAGCAUUUUCUUCAAGAUGGCCCCGAAGAUUUUAGCCAGAAGCCGCCAUAAUAAGCUGCCCGAACGUAAAGAGGCUUUGUUAAAAGUGAGGGCAAGGACCAAUUACUCUCAUCAUUCAGCACAGAAAGAGCAAGAGAUUAUGGGAUAGCAGUAAUGGGCUUUGGCAGCAUCUGGCAAAAAAAGGGGGUGAUUAAGAACCUGCUCAGCAGUAGAUGGCCUCCCCAGCAAGUCACAGCAGGGAUUAAUCAAGACCUCCCAUUACUUAUGGCACAGAAAGCUCAUCAACAGGACAAGUAGAAAUGUCGGGAUCAGCAUCUUCUCUGGUGGGGGAAGGGAUGAGCAAAGGAGGAUGCUCACGAUAGCCACCUUGCCUGCCGAGAGUAGAAUGUGCUUUAUUUUUCUUUAUUAAAGGCCAGUCUACAAUAUUGUUUUCCAUUGGAUUAUUGGAAAUCCCAUUGAAUCGUUCCACCGGCAUAAAUCUGGGAAGUGAAGCGCUCUAAGAAGUGAGACAUUGCUAGUGCCACAAAUGCACACCAACUAAAUCACUCUGGACCACAGUAAGGGGUCACAAAUUCAGCUGCUAAACAAUUCUGAACAGGAAUUGGCACCAGUACCUUCAGAAAACUGAUGGGCUUAGUUUACGUCCUUUGGAGGGAAAGUGCAUCUAAGACGAGGCGUGGUUGUACGCCAUACUUCUUGUUCCCGGUUUCUCCAUAAAGUCCAGUUUCUAUGCCCCAACCCACUCUCAUUGCGAUUGCAAAAAUCAUAGGUUCCAAUAUAUGAUUAUGGUGGUGAGACUUUUAUAUGCACAAAAAUGGAAAGACACGUCAUUACCAACAAUGGAGGAAUGGUUGUUAAAAUUAUUGGACUUAGCUGAGACGGCAGAAUUGACAUGUUUCAUCAAAGAAAAGCUUUUGCUAACAUUUGCUAAAGAAUGAAAGCCACUUAUUGACUUUUUGCAUGAAAAAGAAAAUGAAUUAACGACAUUUGGGUUUGUGGAUUGAAGAUAUUGUUGGUUCAUAGAAAGUAGUUUUGCUGGGUGUUAUAUUGGAAUGGAUGAAUUGAAUAACUUAUAUAUAGCUGACAGGUGAAGAACUGGAAGUUCUUUAUUUUCUUAACUUUUUCUCCUUUUCUUGUUUUCUUUCAUUAAUUUCGCUCUCUUUCUCUUUUCCCUUUAUCAUCCCUCUUUCUAUCUUUCUGGUUUGUGUUUUUAAUUAGAUAAACUUUUUAGUUCCGAUAAAAACAGAUAUUUGAUAGUAAUCUCUGUAUCCCUUUUUCCAUAUUCUAUUUUUUUUUUAAAAAAGGGAUUACAAAAAUCAGACUUAAUAUAAAAUUGGGCUCUUUAUAAAAGUUGUACUGUGAAAAGAAAGGAACAAUGCAGUAAUGGCUUCAUGUACCAGGGGCAAUGAGGAAGAAUACAAAACACAUGUGCCCAACAGCUGUGGUACCUGGAGACUUUUGUAAGUAUUACUUGCCUGUUUUCAAAGUCUACUUCUACAUCUACAGUAUUAGAAAAUACCCCUAUGGAAAAUAUGGAAAAGAAUUAGCAGGAGAAAGAACAUUUGGUUUGGUGGCAGGACAUGAAGAAGAACUAACAGAAGUGGAGAAGAGAGAUAAAUAAAGGACAAGAUGGUGUUGGAAAUCUUAACUUGGAAUGUAAAUGGACUCAAUAAAACUAAAUGCAAUAAGAUCGAACAUGUGGUAAAAAAGUUAAAUUUGGAUGUGAUCUGCUUUCAGGAAAUGCAUAUUGUGAAGAUACACAGAAUAAUUCUGAUCAAUAAAAGAUUGGGAAUGGACCUUGUGGCCUCUGACGUAGGAAAGAAGGGAGGCGUGGUAAUGUAUAUAAAACCAGAAUUAGAUCCAAAGCAAUUAUUUAAAGAUGAGCAAGGAAGAAUAUUGAUAAUACAGAUAACAUCACAAGGAGAAAAAAUAAUGUUAAUAGGCGUAUAUGCACCAAAUGAGGAAAAAAACCUGACUUUUAUAAGAGACUUGAAGAAAUCCUAUUUAAAUAUUUGAAGGAAAAUACAAUCUUGAUGGGAUAUAUGAACGGUGUAGCUUCCCUGGAAUGGGACAGGACUACAAGAAGAAGCGAUACAAAAGAAGGGAAGUUACCCAGCAGGCAUGGGGGCAGAAGUGAUUGCACACAGAGCAACUGUGACGAAUUCACAACACACAACUGUGCACCUGCAAUGUCCCAUUCGCUUUUGCGACCACACUUACCAGUGCAACCCUAUUGCCUCUCUGGGAUCUUUGCUGUAUUCAGGCGCUGGAAAUCCCAAACCCCAGCACUGAACAUUUCUUCUGCCCACUUGCCAGUUCACAAGGCAGAUGCUAGAAGAAUGACCCAGUGGGUGGAUGGAGCUGUCUAGGUCAGGCAUAGGCAAACUCCGACCCUCCAGAUGUUUGGGACUACAAUUCCCAUCAUCCCUGACCACUGGUCCUGUUAGCUAGGAGUGAUGGGAACUGUAGUCCCAAAACAGCAGGAGGGCCAUAUCUAGCCAUGCCUGCCCUACAGUGUCUCCAAAACUUGGGUCUCCAUAUGUUUUUGGACUACAACUCCCAUUAUCCCUAGUUAGCAAGAGUCAGGGAUGAUGGGAAUUGUAGGGAAGGGUCAGGCAUCUAUUCUCAGAUCUUCUGCUCUUGUUUUCCUUGGAGAUAUAAAAGCAGGCUUUUAUUCAGCAUGUGUGGAUAGAAAGUAUUGGGUUGACUUGUAAGAGGUGUGUGGCAUUUUGACAUAUUUCUGUUAAAAGGCUGGUCUUGUCUUAAACCAGUUUUAAAAGACUCACAUAAUAUAUAUCUGGAGGGCCGGAGUUGCCUAUGCCUGGUCUAGGUUGAAGGUGGAAACUUUUUUUCCUGGGAAAGUGGUCCUGGAGUUAUUGGAUUAUUGUCCGUCCGUCCCCCGCUCAAAUCCCAUAGACUUUUUUGUUCACAGCUGUAAACAGUAAUCAUGGACCACUAGAGAUAGACAAAAUCAUUGGGUUCCAAAAGAUUAUUCCAAAACAAUUUUUGAUUUCUCAACACCACAGAGUCAAAACCUCCUUUGGGAGGUUUAAUAAAACAGACAAACAUUGGAGGCAGGGGUGGGGAAGUGGUUUUUUAUCUAGAUCCGCAUUCUCCCAGGAUAAUCUCUCAGGCUGCAUAUUGGGGUCACCUUGUCUUUCUCCCUAAUAGCCACCUCAUUCUCCCUCUUUCCCUGUCCCAAAUUUUCUCUGCCUCCUCAUUUCUCCCCAGCUGCCACCCCAACAAAAAUCACCUCCCCCUGCCCUGUGCGGCACUUAGGAUUAGAAAGAAGACGCCCACCAAACUGCCACAUGGUGAUGACUGGGGCUGAGGAGAAAAGGCCACAGACCUGACCUGUGGGCUGCUGGCUCCUUCUCCCAGACUGAAGCCUUAUCCUAGAUCACAGCAGCUGAAUUAGCAAUUUAUGCAUAUAGUUAUAAUUCAUUGUUUUUGUAAUAUGCUGAGGACAGCUGUCAGUCAAAAACACAGCGCUGAAAUGUAAUGUGGUGUGAGAUAAGCCUGACACCUUGCACUGAACUAGGAAUGGAUUUUUUGUAGGAUCCAGGUUAUUAGGUCAUUAAAGGUCACAGUGCUAGCUUCUGAAUGGGGUGUACAGUUGUACCUCAGGUUACAGACGCUUCAGGUUACAGACUCUGCUAACCCAGAAAUUGUACCUCAGGUUAAGAACUUUGCUUCAGGAUAAGAACAGAAAUCGAGUGGUGGCGGUGCAGCGGCAGCGGGAGGCCCCAUUAGCUAAAGUGGUACCUCAGGUUAAGAACAGUUUCAGGUUAAGAACGGACCUCCAGAAUGAAUUAAGUUCUUAACCCGAGGUACCACUGUAUCUAACUAGCUUAGGUGCGUCUACUGUUUUGCUGCUGUGGCUCCAACAAUUUGAAUGGAAAUCGCAUAAUUUCUUUAUAAAUAAUGGAAAUCUCCUUAGUUCUGUUGCCAAGCCCAAAGGUCUACCUCUACCUUAAUUUCUAGGAAUCGUUAACCAAAGAAAUGCACAAAUUAAUUCAGAAUUACAUAUGAAUUACCCAGAAGCUUUUACUGCCUUUUAAUGGACAUUUAUGAUAAAUACACAAUACAAUUCCUUAAGUUACUCCUUACCCCAUUUAAGCACCUUGCCUUGCUUACAUGCCCAGUUCUUAAAGAGAAUUUUCCCACCCCAGGAUUUCUUAAGCAUGAUAGGGGCAAGUGUGUUCAAGGAAAAUCCACCCUGAGCCAGAGGGGAAAGCUUAGGUGAACGGAUCAGCCGACUGGAGCAUGACUGCUCCUGUGAAAUAACAGCCACCACUGAUUUUCCCUUUUAAAUUUGAAAUGGGAUCCCCCUCCCAUUGUAUAUGGAGGUGUUCUUAUUGGAACCAUAUUUGCAUAGGAGACCUCCACAGCAAAGAGCACCUAUCAACAGAUUCAGCCGUUGGAUCAACUGCACCCUGUUUUGGAUAGGGAUAGCUUGACCACUGUGAUUGACACAUUGGUAACCUCACAUUUGUACUACCAUAAUGCAUUAUAUUUGGUGCAUUCCUUGCAGCUGGUGAGGAAUACUGCUGCCCGGGGAAUGAAUGGUGCUAAGGCACUGGCUGCCUAUUAGCCACCAAUCCACUUCUAAGGCCAUAUUACUCACAUACGGUUCAGCCAGCCUGGAUAGCUUAGUCAGUUAGAGCAUGGUGCUGAUAAGGCCAAGGUUGCAGGUUUGAUCCCCGUAUGAGACAGCAGGAUAUUCCUGUGUUUCAAAGGCUUGGACUAGAUGAUCCUCAGGGUCCCUUCCAACUCUAUGAUUCUAUCUGUGUGCAAUCCUGACCCCCACAAACUCCUCAUGAUAUAAAACCCUAAGCAACUCUGGACCAGGUUAUCUGGAAAACUAACUUCCCCUCCAUUGCCCAGUAGGGCAUUAUGGCCAACAAGUGGAACCUAGACAGUCCUACCACAGCUUGCUGGUUAUCAGCCUGUGGUGAUGUGGACAUGGGCUUCUCCACUGAUGGCACCAGAGCUGUGGAAGGCACUCCCUGCUGAAAUAGGAGAGACUCCAUUUGUGCUGGCAUUCCACCGACUUCUGAAGAUGCACCUAUUUACAUAGGCAUUCCCUUGAUCUCUUGACCCAAGUCUCUUGUGCAGUGCAGUUUUAAUAGGAUUGUUUUACUGUACUGCAUAUUUUAAAAAUGGCUGGUUAUACUGUAACGUUUUAAUGGGAUUGUGUUACUGUGUAUUUUGAUUGCAGCAUGUUUUUAAUUAUUGUGUAUUUUAACAAUGUUGUGUAAUUGGUUUUUAUGCUUUGUGAACUGCUUAGAGGUCUAUUUGGGCAUUACACAGUAUACUAAAUUCAACAACAACAACAACAGUUGUCCUGUUCUUUACAGGGAAGCUAUGCUACGAUUUUUUAAAGCCUUAACUGGUGUAAAUCUGUGCUUUAGGCGGAUGCACUGCACACCUUGGCCCUACCCUCAGCACAGUUGUUGUUGUUGUUGAUACUAUUAUUAUUUAAAUUGGUAUACCGCUCUGUACCCGCAAGUCUCAGGGUGGUUCGCAACAGAAAAUCACAAUAUAAAAACCACAAAAUUCAUAUUGAAAAUAAAUCAAGAACAGCCCAAUAAUCUCCCCUCCCCAACACAUUUCAAAAGGAAAUUGGAUGUCGAUCGGCCAAAGGCCUGGCUAAAGAGGAACGUUUCUGCCUGGCACCUAAAGGUGUAUAAUGAAGGCGCCAGCCAAAACCUCCCCAGGGAGAGGUUGACUGCACUAAAUAGGAACAGAGGUCAGGUCUGUUAGAGUCAUGGAGGGAUGUACAGGUAUUCCUGGUUCAUUCCCAAAGGGGUCAAGGUGGAGUGUGUCUGCUGCAUAUACACCAUACAUUCAAAGCACACUCCCCUCCCAAGAAACCUGGGAAGCGUAGUUUACCUCUCGCAGAGCUACAGUUCCCAGCACCUUUAGCAAACAUAAGCCCCCCCAGGUUUUGUGGGGGGUGUGUGUUGCUUUAAAUGUAUGGUGUGUAUUCAGCCUUACCUUUGGGCAGGCAAAGGGAAAUCCAGGGAUAGCAGUAACCACAGGUGUGCUCAGCAGAACAUUUUGCCUUGUUUUGUUUUUCCUACAAAGCCCCAAGGGAAACUGCACCAUUUAUGGGGUGGGGCUUCUCCCUGGAAUAGACAACAGCAGCACUUUUCCACCGGGAAAGCUGGAACCCAAAAUCCCAGCCCUCAGGGGCAAAAAAGAUGUGCUGCUAGGAGCACCUGCAGUUGCCACCACCCCUUCAGGAAGGCAGAGGCUCCCAGGAUUAGGGCUGACACUGCUUGUAGUAGUCACCUUGAUCCUUUCAGGGUGAGCGGGGAGAGAAAGAGAAAGAUGAAGAGGGGGCAGCAUGCAGGAAUGGAAGCAGGAGAAGCAGAGUCAGAAACAGAACACCGCAGCCACUUUAGAUUUUCCACGAUUUUUUUUUACUUCUAAAAAUGCAUUGUUUCAUAGGAUUAACUAGAAAUGUAAGGAAUGGAUGCAAUACCCAAAAAUAAGGAAGUUUCAAAGUUGCUGUUUACUUUUUCAGAUAACCAUGUCUCUCUCUUUAUUAUAAAGGAACAUGGGGUGCAGCCUAGCACUGAGUUGGACCACUGGUCCAUGUAGCCAGGGGCGUAGCAUUGGGGGUGCUGGGGGGUUGUGGCCCAGGGGACACAAUUUUUGAGGGGGCACAAACCAGGCAACUCCAUGCAGGUGACCCCAGCACGGCAAGGGCUGGGCUGGCACCCCCUGUCCAACACAUGCACCCUUCUGCCCGGCACACACCCUGGGCACCUGCAACCAAUGCUACGCCACUGCAUGUAGUUCAGUAUUGUUGACACUGAACAGCGGUAGCUCUCCAGGGUUUAAGGCAGGGGGCAUUCUGGCCCACCGGGAGAUGCCAGGGAUUGAACUCAGGUAUUUUCUGAAGGCAAAGAAGAUGCUGAGCUACAGCCCUCCCCCCCAAUGAAUUAAGUAGGAUGGCAACUGCAGAUCUGGGCUUCACCUCUGGGCAUUUUGCAGAAGGUGAGAGCAGGUUGUACAUAUAUAGCAGGACUGUACCUUGGCAAGACUGGGGUUUCCAAGCAUCUCACACAGAGAUCAGUGUGCAAUUCUGCCUCCCCCCCCGCCCCCCGCUGCAUGCAUUGGACAAACAUGUGGAUGCAACAUGAGAAAGGAGUUCAUACCCAGGAAAUACCUAUAUACAUCUAUGCAGAUCUCUUUGGUGUGAACAGCUUUCCUGUUCUACAUUUUGUUCUUGCAUUUGAAUAAUGCAAGGUGGAGAACAUGCCACUGAAUUGUCAGGUCUUAAAAUAUGUACAGGUAUCCCCAUCAUUCAUUUGAAUAUAACGACAACAUUCGUGUCACCAUUCUAAACACACAUUAGAGACUAAAACGCAGUUUAUCAGAAAAUACUCGUGACUGCACUGUAAGUGUGCUUUGAUUCCACCUCUUCUUCCCUGUCAACUAUUUCAGUGGUUGUUGGAAAAACUUUGAUAUACUUGUGAAGUAUAUCCUACAAUUAAGAUGUUGCUUUGUUGGUUUACUUAUAAGUCAAAUAAACACACCAAGUCAGAUUCAAAGCGAUUUGGGGCACCGGACUCCCCCCCCCCGAAAACCCACAUCAUUGAGUAGAGUACAUGUUUUACAGCAGGGAAAAGACUUCAUGAUAAGGUACCAAACCCCAAAGCAUCAUUUAAGUUCUGCUCAAGUAUGAAUAAUACCUUGCCCAGCACACAUUGUGGGCACAUCUGACUGCACUCAUAUGCAAUCCUGAGACAAGCUCAUACUGCUUAACUCUCCACAGAUGAAUCUCAAAGCAUCACCAUCCUCCAUAUACGCAACCCCACAAACUAGAGUUACCCUCCACACAUCAAUAUGGGAAAUAUAUAGGAAGAAAUCCAGUUUUCUUAAACCAGGUCUUUAACCAAGCUGAUUAGGAUUUCCAAAUUGUAUUAUGGGGGUGACCAUCAAGGGAGUCUCUUGAACCAGGCAUAGAUGAGAGGGCAGCACACAAUGAAAGAAGAAGGGUCACACGCAGAACACAGCAUUCCUGGACUUGGGCAUAGUCCUUUGCCCUUGCUACCUCACCUCACCAAGCCUCGCCUCCGGCCAGAGUGAUAUUUACAGUUCUGCCUGCCAGUCCCUCCCACCUGCCUACUGGGAGACACACAGCUGAUCCUCACCCCGGAUCGGCCCAGUUCUCUUGGCUCAGCAAGGAUCAGCUCUGAAUAGAUGUGACAUCCAUCUGUACCAGGAGGGAAUGAGCUCCUGGAGAAUCCAAGAGACAGUAAACAAGUUCCGAGCCACUUUUAACCCUUAGGCUCCAAGGCUCAGAGAAAAAGCCAAGCAGGUGAAGGUGGCCCUUCCAGGGUCACGAUGGGAGAGAGCGUCAAUUGAUGCAGGUUAGGUUUAAGUUGGGGAGGCAAAGGGAGCUUUUUUGAUGACCGUGAUGGUAUCUUGCCAAGGCAACUGUUGAUAUGAUCAGGAACACACCUAGCAGAUAAGUAGCAGGACAGGUCUGGUCUUAAUAGCUAUAUAAUUAAUUCUGUCUUUGAUAGUGUGGCGGCUACUGCGCACUCAAAGUCAAGGAUGGGUGCUGGGGAUUGCUGUUUCGAGAAGGAUGGGCCUACCUGCCAGGAUUCUUUUUAAAACCCAUUGGCAACAUAUAUAGACAGUACACACUCAUCUUCUUAUUAGGAGACAGGGUGUUUGUAUCUCCUGGGGCUCUUGUGUCCAGGCUUAUGGGGCUCAGCUCUUUCUGCUCAGAAUGCAAAUGUCAGAGAUGUACUGAGUAGCAAACUGAAUAGCUUAUUCUGCCGUCUGCUUUGCACCUCCCCACCCUCACGCUUCAGGCAGGCUGUCCUUUAUUUUUAAAAUGCCAUAUGUAAUUCAAUGACUUAAAUGUAUGUUCAUCCCCUUAAUUUAAAACAAUACAUUUCUUUGGGGGGGGGAUUGCUUCAAGGAGUGGUGGGUGAAGAGGAAAAGGUGGCUUUCUGGCAUCUCCAGUUCCAGGAAAAUGCAUAGAUGGCUUCCUGCAAGUAUUUAGAACCAAUCUCUCUCUCUCUCUCUCUCUCUACCUCCAGCUUGAUAUGGAAGAAAAGAUGGCACAUUUGAAGAAAAUAUGUUGAGUGCACUUUCGCAGCAUAAUUGCCACCACUCCAAUUAUGUACAGUUAUAUGAGCCCAUAAUCUCUUUUGUAGUUGCUGGAUUUCUCAUUAGAAGCUCCUGCUGUUUCGUUUUCCACUUCAAGCAAAGAAGCCAUUUGGGAUGUGCUAAGCAACUGUCCAACUCUAUUGAGUCACCUACCCAGGUGAUGAACAUCAGGGCUGUUUUGAGCUGUACUCGUGGUUGCUUAUGAGAAAGAUGCCAGCACGCCUUGAGGCCAUCCUUUUCAUCCAGGAAAUGAGUCUUAGCAUAUUUGUUGAUUCUGGCAAGAGCUUUGAUGGGCUCAGCCCAUGACAACAUCAGAUGCACAAAGCAACUACCUUUGUAGGUAGAUGGUAGAAUUCCCAAGCUGACCCCGAAAUGGCCUGGAAGGAACGCAGCUGGUGCCACGGUCCCUAUCACUCCAGGCUAUACACCACAGCGUGGGUGCUGCUCAUAUCCUCAGCUUGCUCUGGACACAGGACCAGUGCUCUUGCACCAUAUCCUACUCCUACAGCAGAUCCUUCUGACAGAGCUGAAAGUUGGGGGUGUCAACUUGGAACAAAAUAUUGGCCCAGGUAAGCCCUUCCUGCAUAAUUGAUCACAUGUUGAAGUGCACACACAUCAUUUUGAAUGGCAAUACCCAUUGACUUUGGGGCAGGGGUUGAUCCCCUCAAAUAUUUUAUGGGGGGGAGGGGCUGAAAGCACCUUGGCCCCUAGGAUCUGCCUCCUCUGCUGAAGGAGCUCUGGGGGGGUCCCCAGAGCCCCUUCCCACGGCAUUCCCCCUGAUUUGCUGGCAGCUCUCGAGGUGUCUCCCGUGCAUAGAUCUCAAUCUUUCUGUACUCUGCUAUUGCACAGAUGGAUGCAGACGUGGCCCCCCUCACCCUGCUCUCCUCCACAGAGCACGGUCUAAGCAGCUGGGUGCAAACUUCCCCAAUCCUCUACCCCACCCCACCUCAAUAAACUCGGGAGCAGCCCCUCCCGCGCAGUCCAGGCAUGAUUUAACCAUAGCAACCCCUCCCCCUUGCAGGUGGAUGCAGGCAGAGCAUCUUCCAGCUGCCACAAAGGCUGCGUGGAGAACGGGCAGCUGCUCUUUCUGCACCCAUCAACCCUUGCAAGGGUGCCAACUUGAAUAAAAUAUUGGGGUGGGGGGGGAGAAAGCCCCACCCCGCACAAUCAAUCACAAGACAUAGGGAGCACAUACCAUCAAACGGGGGGGGGGGUAGCUGGACCGCACAAAUAUUUUAUCGGGGAGGGUUGGCUCCUAUGCACUCUGGGGAUUCCCUCUUCAUGGAGCUUCGCAAGACUCAAGGACCUCACCAGUACUGGGAGAAAGAGAGAGAGAAAGGGAGGGAGGGAGGGAGAGAGAGAGAGAGAGCCCCCCCCCCGGCGCUGCUUGCCCGUCUGCAGCUCCCUCCCUCCCUCCAUCUGUCCGUCUCUUCCUCGGCAAGCUAAUUCCCUGCUAUUCUGGAAACGCAAAGCCUCGCCUGCCUGCCUGCUUGCCCGCCUCUCCCCGGUGCGGAUCUCCGGGCGCAGCGCUCGGUGGCCGGGCUGCAAGAGACAAUGACGGGCGUCGCGCUCCGGGCAGCCCGGGGGAGCAGCGCAGCGCAGCCCAGCUCGGGCGCCUUUGUCUCUCCCUUUCCCCGGGCUCCACUCACCUCUGGCAGGCUGGUGCUGCAGGCUCGCUCGCUCGCCUCCUCCUCCUCCUGAGCCCGGGCGAGGGGCCGGCCAGCCCCGCCAGGAGGCGUUUUGUAUGAGGCUGGUGGAGGGGAAGGUGCCGCAGCCGCUCCGCCCCGCUCAGCGCGCGCGGAGCCACCAGCAGGUAGCGGCCAGCAGCGCCACGCUUGGGCCGCGGAGACCCCGCCCUCCCCGGAUGCGCCACGCCCACUCGGACACCCCCCCCACACUAGCAAGGAGCCAAUCAGUGGCCGAGGUGGCAGUCUGGGCCCUCCUCUCCUCCCCCCAGCUGCUAGAGCCCCGCGGUGCACGGGUAGCAAGCCAAGGUCAGCAGCGAUGCCCAACAGUAGAGGGCAGCUCUUCUCCCUGCCUUUGCCUCUGACCCACCCCUUAGCCUCAUGCUCUACCAACUGAGCUAGCCGGCAAUGUCUCAGAAACUUCUUCAAGGGACGUAAGAAGGGCUCCCCAAGGCUCAUCUAGACCAACCCUCUGCAAUGCAGGGAAUCGCCUCUCCUAUAACUUGAAGUCAUUGGUUCAGGCCCUACCCUCCAGAGCAGGAGAAAACAAACUUGCUCCAUCUUCAAUCCGACAGCCCUUGAGAUAUUUGAAGAUGACCACCGUACCUCCUUUCAGUCUCCUCUUUUCCAGGAUAAACAUACCCAAGGUACUGUAUACCUAGCCUAAGAAGCUGCCAAUUGCUCCAGGACAUGUUGUUGUUGUUUAGUCAUUUAGUUGUGUCCGACUCUUCGUGACCCUAUGGACCAGAGCACGCCAGGCACGCCAGUCUUCCACUGCCUCCCACAGUUUGGUCAAACUCAUGCUGGUAGCUUCGAGAACACUGUCCAACCAUCUCGUCCUCUGUCGUCCCCUUCUCCUUGUGCCCUCCAUCUUUCCCAGCAUCAGGGUCUUUUCCAGGGAGUCUUCUCUUCUCAUGAGGUGGCCAAAGUAUUGGAGCCUCAGCUUCACGAUCUGUCCUUCCAGUGAGCACUCAGGGCUGAUUUCCUUCAGAAUGGAUAGGUUUGAUCUUCUUGCAGUCCAUGGGACUCUCAAGAGUCUCCUCCAGCACCAUAAUUCAAAAGCAUCAAUUCUUCGGCGAUCAGCCUUCUUUAUGGUCCAGCUCUCACUUCCAGGACAUAGCUGAUAACAUGUUCUCUCUCAGCUAUAGGAUCACUGUCCAUGGUUCUGAAACUUAGUUGAAGAUUUCUCUCCAAGGUGUUGAUCCUGCUUUGCUUCACCUUCCUGUCUCCUUGAAACAUUGUGGUUGUCACCCCAUGGGUCAGGACAGCCCAAAACAGAGAGGAAGUGGAGCAAAACAACAAGGAAGGCUUGCAUUGGAGAGCCCAGCAGCCCAAGCUAGGGUGGGUCACAAUCAUACCAUGGAAACAGCAUAUGACAGAAAUAUCACAGGUGCAUGGGAAGGAAUGGAUGGGGAAAGCUCCAAGCCACUGUCCUGUAAAUGCAUGCUCCUCCCACUGGAGAACAGUUCAGAAAGCACAAUACAAUGUAAAACAAUCACCAAAUACCCUGCUCCACAGCAGGGUCAAUGAAGCACUUGCUGUCACAUGCCCGAUAAAAUGCUUCUGCAUAGGUUACCAAUGACAGAAAUCUCCAAUUAACCCCAUCACAGGCUUAUAACAGGUCACUUGGGGGCAGACUGGGCAAAUAGCACCCGUCAAUAAAGCCAGCCAUACCACCAGCUCCUGAGCCCACCCAAAUGCUGAAAUAACUUGACUUUCCUUCCAUGACUGAGGCAAACCACACAGUCUUGCUGCUAAUAAAUUCCAACGUAACCAUCAUUGUUCAUCUUUCAAAGUUAUUUUCAGAUGGCAGGAUGUUGUGUUCUGAAAUUGUUCUGUUGUUGUUGUUGUUUAGUCGUUUAGUCGUGUCCGACUCUUCGUGACCCCAUGAACCAGAGCACUCCAGGCACUCCUGUCUUCCACUGCCUCCCGCAGUUUGGUCAGACUCAUGUUUGUAGCUUCGAGAACACUGUCCAACCAUCUCGUCCUCUGUCGUCCCGUUCUUUUUGUGCCCUCCAUCUUUCCCAACAUCAGGGUCUUUUCCAGGGAGUCUUCUCUUCUCAUGAGGUGGCCAAAGUAUUAGAGCCUCAGCUUCACGAUCUGUCCUUCCAGUGAGCACUCAGGGCUGAUUUCCUUAAGAAUGGAUAGGUUUGAUCUUCUUGCAGUCCAUGGGACUCUCAAGAGUCUCCUCCAGCACCAUAAUUCAAAAGCAUCAAUUCUUUGGCGAUCAGCCUUCUUUAUGGUCCAGCUCUCACUUCCAUACAUCACUACUGGGAAAUUGUUCUAGUCUCAUCCAAAACAAGAUAAGUCUUUUUCCAAACCUCUGCAUAAAUUUGUAAGAACAUUAUGCAUAUGUAAAAGACUCUGUCCACCACCUCCCACUUGCCAUCAUAACACAUUACCUCUUUUGCAAAUGUAUUUUAUUUUCACAGUGGGACAUUGAGGAUGGAUGAUGGAGGGGAAUAUUGUUAACCUUUCCCCAUAUUAUUCCCCCAAAGCUGCUAUUUACCCUUCAGGGGAGAUAUGCAGAUACAGUAUCAUAUACACAUCAUAUAGUUGUGACCAUAAUCUUGUAAAUCAUUUCCUUAAUUAAAUAAAAGCAUCCUUUUGGCAUAUUUCUUCCCUAUCCUUUUUGUUCAACAUUGCAUUCAGAUUCCUCCACCCCUCUUUCAUAGAUACACUGUAUUUUCUUACCUCUCACCUGGGAUUAAAAAAUAAAUAAACCCCCCAGAAAUCAAACUUUUAGAUGUAAUAUUCUGUGCCCGUAUGAUCUUUCUCCAUUUCUGCAAAGCUAUGGGAAAGGUAAUGAAAUGAUGCAUCCAAAAUUUAAAUGAUAAAUUUUAGCUGAUUUUAAGCCCCCCAAUAUUAAAACAUUUGUCUCAAUCUGUCCUCUUAGUACUUCUGCUUCCAAAGACAAGGCAGCUGACAACAGAAGAGAGGGUCUUUUUGUGGUGGCACCCUGCCACAGAUAUCCGACUGGCAUCUUCAUUGUUAAAUUUUAGGUACCAGUUCUUAAAACUUCUUAUUUGCUGAAACUUCAAUCAGUAUUUUUCUUGCUUUUAUCAGCUGAUGAAUUUCAUUAACAGAUACUGCUUUUUUAAAAAUGCUGCUAUUGCACUUCAUUGGGUUGCUGUUUAAAUCAUUUUUUAAAAAAAAUAAGUAUGCUGAUUUGGAAACUAACUGCAUUUAAAAGCAUCAUAUAAAUCUUUGAGAUAAGUUAUUUUGAGGCUGGCCAAACCUAGAGCAAAUGCAGGAGGGAAUAAUAGCUUCUAUUUUUAUUGAAGACUUAUGUGGAGUUGUUAUGGUAACUGCACAUAAGGCAGCAGAGAGUACAGUGCCCAUCUUCCUUAUUUCACUCCUUUCAGCUAAAUAAGCAUUGUGGAUUUAUGCAUGUGAUGGAGACUAUAAUGCAGCUGCGCUGUUAGUACACAGUCCCAUAUUUGGCAAGAAAACGAUAAAACCGACAGAUUCAACUCAUCAGAGCUGACUUUCUUUUUGCUCCCCCCUUUAUAUCAUGUAGACUCCACAUCUAUUCAUUCUUGUAGCAAUUGGAACUUCCCACCUGAGGCUUCACGAUGUAUUAAUUGUGUCCUACUGGACAAUGUAUCCUCUUUUUCAUCACAAUAAUGCAUAUCUAAGGCUUUAUAGGGGAGUCGGAGCAGGAAUUUCCUUCAUCAAAAAGGACCUCUCUGCUUUGAAAGUUCCACAUCCUCAGAAAUUGGUUUCCCUGUGACCGGUGAUCUUAGUCUUGUCUGCAGCAUGUAGAAAUUCUCAGCAUCUGUGUCAAUAUCUGCAGUGGAGCUUCUGUUUAGCAUUCAUGGUAGCCAUUCUGGGUGGUGGUGUAUGUGUGGCUUCUACUUACAUACCCAAGUAAAAACCCCCAGUUCUGGGACUUUGGCUGGAAAAGCUACUGUGGUGCUGAAGGGACAGCUCCAGAACACAUGGGCAAAGACAGCAGCCAUCAAUGGCCACUGCCCUACAAGGGCAUUUCCAGGCAGUCGAGAAUAUGCAGCAGUUUCCAAGGUACUGUGGUCAAAUCAGAUGCUGUUUUCUGGGGAAAUGUUUCUGUUGCAGGGAUAUGGUAUUUUUUUCAGCACUUAAAAUGGGAUGCUGUGUAGCUCAGAAAAUACAAUUUCUCUCUACUCCCGCCCAACCUCCCUUGCUAUUGUCAGUGCCAUAUGGAACGUGGUUGCAUGGCUGUCACAGGCACAUAUUAGAAUUUAUUAGAUAGUUCCUCUCAUUCUGCUACAGAAUAUUAUUUUGCAUACCCAAUAAUCUGAAAUUACUGUAAAAGCCCUGGGAUCCAUUAUAUAUGGCUUCAUCAAGGAGCUAAAAGUUCUGUUAUCUUCGGCAUCAAGAAUUUUGUAGCGUCACCACUGAAUUUAUAAUAUCAUUUUCAAGGCUUUAUAUGGUACCAGCUCCUGAUGCUGAUUCGCAAGACUUUGCUUUCUGUCCUUUCUGGACCAGAACAUUUGUCUUGGGUUGAAGAUAGCCUGCCCAUGGAGGCACUGGCGUACGAUCCUGCCUGACAUGAAAUGUGAGCAAUCACUCUUAUUUUGUCAGAAAUCAUUAGGGCUAGGAUCUGGAAUCCUCAGCUGUCUGCAGCUGCCUCUUCUGGGUGAACCGCAGAACUGCUGCUUGGAGCAUUUCCCAGACUGGCUUCACCCACCCAGACAGUCCACUGGUCUCUCCUAGAUAGAAAGAGCUAUAAAAGGUUUCUUCUUUGGACUGAGGUUUGGUUAAGGAGCCGUGGUCCUCUUUACGGUUUUGUGUUCCAGUGAAUUCUCUUUGUUCUGACUCUCAGCUUGAUCCUGCAGUUCUGUACACAGCACAACUCCUGGCUCUCCUCUUACAAGUGUACACUUCAGGUUUGCAUAAAGGUUUCAUGGAGUGCUGUUGACUCUAAUACAAUUUGUGGUGAUGUUAAAGGAAGUGAGUGAUUUGUCUAUUACAAUGUCAUUUUUUUCAGCCCCUGAAAUGUCACAAGGCACUUAAUGAAUCUGAAACCUUGUCUCUGUUCAUGGGAAGAUCUUUGCAAAAUGCGUUAUUGACUUGCCCUCUUCAGAAGAAUCAGUCAAGUCCUCAUAUCUGAUUAUCAGCUUUAAUGCUGAACUAUCAGUGCAAGAGACAAGCUCGCUGCUGUGUACAACCAGGGGGAUGUUUGCAAAUGUUACAGUUGAUGAACAGUUAGUGCCAUUCAAAGGAAAAUGUCAGGGAGGCAAUAUGCUGUCCAAACCUCCAAGAUACAGUAUAACAUCCUGGUUUGUAUUGCAAUUCCCCAAAAAUAAUAUGUUUAUAAUGCAUUUGAUGGCUGAAAGGCACUGUUCCUGGCAACUCUGGGUUUUCAGAAUGUUUAAACUGUUUUCAGAUUUUUAUUUUUUUAAUAAAAUGUUUCAUUAUUGAAAGGUCUGCCACCCUGGGCUGCUUUGGGAGGAAGGGCAAGAUAGAAACUGAAAUCAUACUAAUGUAUAGAGAAAGUACACCAACUGCUCAAAACACUGGCCAGAUAGUGGCUGAGAAACUAACAACACAUUUAGAGCAUUCUGAAUGGGAUACAACAACUGAAAACUUUUUUUUAUAACCAGUGUGCCAUUGGUUAGGGGAUAAGCUAAUAUAAAUCUAACUCUAGUUGGCCCUUUGAGAGAAUUUCUGGUUUGAUUGUUGAUAUUUUCAGAAAUGCCAACAGCAGCAAUUCUAGUUUUCAGGAAGAUUUGACAUUUGUAAGUUAUGUGCCAGGGAAAGAAAGGACAGCGGUUAUCCUUUUCUCAACGCAACAAUUUCAGACCAGAAUUUCCAAGCCUGAGAUAGUUCUUUUAUUAUAUUAAAACCAAGUAGGGUGUGGACACAGGUGACCAGAUGCCAAACACACUUCCUCUUCUUAAAAUAUGCGGACGGGGAGUGGGUUACUGCCGGCUUCUUAAUCUUAGUGCUGUGGUCUUUAAUGGUCUUUAAGAAUUAAGACUCUAAUUAUUAGGCUGUAGUGGAAUCAUAGAAUUGUAGAGUUGGAAACGGACCACAAGGCUCAUCUAAUCCAACUCCCUGCAAUGCAGGAACCUUUUGCCCAAUGAGGGGCUUGAACUUACCACCCGGAGAUUAUGGUAAGUGUCUCAUGCUCUACCAACUGAGCUAGCCGGUCACAGUAAGGUGAAUUAUUUGGGUCCCAAAUAUCUGAGACUGCAUCCUUCCCUACAGGCCCUCUCAGGCAUUAAGAUAAGCAGAGAGGACCCAUUUGGUAGUUCUGCCACCCUCAGUAGUUCAGGGGGUGAUAGCCCAGGAGAGAGCAUUCUCUGCGGCAGCCCCUAAAUUGUGGAAUUCCUUCCCCACAGAGGUGUGUGCCCAGCAUCUUCACAACACAGCUUUCCAUGAAUGCUGAAGGUACACCUGGCCUUUGACAUCUGAGAGAUGUGUUUUCAGGAACCCCCCCCCCAUUCUUGUGACUGCAAUAGUUCUGAACUGUUUUUAAUUCUGAAUAUUAAAUUGUUGCUGCUGGUGAAGAGCAGACAAUUGAUUAAUUGCCUUAAAAGAGCCUGGGUGCCAAAGGGGUCAACCUAAAAAUUUUGUGGUGCAAAUAUGUUUUCAUUGUUUCUGUGUCUUCUUUAUGUGCAGAUGGCAAAACCAUAUCUUGCCACUCUGUAACCUUUGGGCAAUUGAAAUACAGUCGUACCUUGGAUCUCGAACGCCUUGCGAGUCAAACAUUUUGGCUCCCAAAUGAGUGUUCCGGUUUGUGAACGUUCUUUGGAACUUGAACGUCUGAUGUGACUUCUGUGGUUUCCAAUUGGCUGCAGGAGCUUCCUGCAGCCAAUUGGAAGCCGCGCCUUGGUUUCUGAACAUUUUGGAAGUUGAACGGACUUCCGGAAUGGAUUCCGUUCAACUUCCGAGGUACCACUGUAUUUGGCUCCAAGGUUUCAUCAACUGAGAAAACUGAAAAUGCUCAUGUAGUAAAGCAUGCAUGGAAUAUGUAAUGCAGUCAAACACACACGGAAUAGGUAACAGCUGCACUACAAUCUUUCCGGCACCAGGUUACAAAUUUUGGGUGUGGCCUCUUCUGCUUCAAGUAUUAUUAUUAUUAUUAUUAAAUUGUUUUUCUUUGAAAGGGACUAUGUUGUUUUCUCAUACAUUGGUACCUCGGGUUACAUACGCUUCAGGUUACAUACGCUUCAGGUUACAGACUCCGCUAACCCAGAAAUAUUAUCUCGGGUUAAGAACUUUGCUUCAGGAUGAGAACACAAAUCGUGCAGCGGCGGCGGCGCAGCAGCAGAAGGCCCCAUUAGCUAAAGUGGUGUUUCAGGUUAAGAACAGACCGCCAGAACGAAGUAAGUUCUUAACCCAAGGUACCACUGUAUUGCGAUUUUAUGAUUGGACACACUGUACUGGAAUGCCCUGGAGGAGUUUAGAAUCUUUUUAAAAGUAAUUAAAAAUGAACGGAAUUAAAUAGAAAGAUAUAAAACACUAAUAUUUAGAGGAAAAAUAUAUUGCAGGGGGGUGGGAUUUGAUGACCCUUGGGGUCCCUUCCAACUCAACAAUUCUAUGAUUCUAUGAAUGUAAAUUGUUGAGCAAGGUUGCUAAGUAACAGUAAUGGUGACAUGUCUUCCAUUGUGACACCUCCCCCUGCUGGAACACUUGUCAGAUGUCUUUGGAAAAAGCAGGUAUUUGAGCAGACUUAAGAGAGAGUAGUUAGGAAGUUACAGCCCAUCCACACUUCUGUUUAUCCCGUGAUUUCAAGUGGUUUCAUGGGUCCAAGAGGCUGUUUUUGGUCCCAUCAGCCCCCCCCCAUGGAUGUUUGUUCCAAUUCAGCAGGAAACAGCGGGUUUUCCAGGAUAAAGUGAUGGGACAAAACCCCCCCAUCUCAGAUCUGUGACUUGAAAUCAGGAGACAAACAGGAGUGUGGAGGGAGUUAUUGGGUUAGUUACGUUAGAUAGUGUUUUUAUUAGCUAGAGCUUUGUGGCAUUAGAGGGGGAAUUAUACAGGAAAAAAUCACAUCUCUUAAAAUGUAAGCUGAAUUUCUCCGUGGUUUCUGUAUUCUGAUUCUGUCACUACCCAUGAAAAUUCAGAAUCCUAGGGGAACGUCCCUCCCCAAUCAUGGCUGAAUUAUUCUCAAAACAUCGUUUUCAGGACCAGCUUACAUGCUUCAAGUGAAACGGCUUGCUUUCUCCUUCAUGGGCAUAGUCAGAAGAAAACCAUAUCCAAGUUUGGGAGGGUCUUUUGACAAGCUAUUCUCAGUGGACCCAACCCCAUGUUGAACUCUUCACAAGUGUGACAGCAAAUUCAUGUUAAGUCUGGACGUGUCAGGUGUCCCAAGUUUAGUGCGGUGAUAUAGAGAAUUAAGACACCAAACCCCCAGUUCCUUACCACCUCCUCACUCUGUCUUAGAGCAAUCUAAGUAUUUGUUUUCGGAGUAUUUGUUUCGGGAAGAAAGAAAGCUCUGCAGAGAUGGAGGAGGAUUUUGGGCAUCGCUGCUGAAAGCAUAAAGUCUAUCCCUUGGCCUGUAAGGAUGAGUCCACGUCAUUUUUGAGUGGCCUACUGCCCCAGGGAUGGACAGGACUGGCUCAGAUCCUUCAGGUGAGAACAUUACCUGCGCUGAUGGAGAAUUGUUGUGAUGCCAGUGAGAAACUGGCUAAUUGGGUAGGGAGGAGGCAUGUCUCUGAUUCAAGAAAACUUCAGCGGACUGCAAUAGCAUCCCGUUUGAAGAAGAUAGAUAAACAUUUAUUUUUACCUAUUUUUCAUGAGCAAGGCUGCUUGAUUCAUCCAUUUAUUUGCCCCCAAAGGGGUCAGAGAACAAGCAAAGGGCAUCAAGCAUCUUCAAACCAGGGAAAAGGUAUGAACAACAACAACAACUUUCCUCACUGCUUUUGAGUUGAAAUCUUGGCACUUAUAGGGUCAGGGUGGUGCAGAAGUUACAGCAAGGGUCACCAAGUGGCCAGAGGAGAAAUGACUGCUGGUAGGAGCACAGAGAGAAGAAAAGCCAUGGCACACCUGUAACAGCAAAACGGGAUGCCUUCCUCUGCCCCAGCUGCAAUAAAACAUGUCUCUCCUGUAUUGGUCUCUACAGCCACAGCAGGCGCUGUAACUCUCCAACAAUUUGUCUUUACCCCCGAUGGUGCACUCUUUCAUUGUCUCUUGAGACAGAUGGAUGUCACUAUCUCCCCCACCAUUGGCAUGCGGCCCCUGGAAAAGUGGCCACUCAGUUCCCCCCACCCUGCUUUAAUACCACAGUCUAGUGUCCCUGGACAGCAGUAUGUCCAACCAGUAACAAAAGGGAGCGGCAAAAGGGAGAGUUCACGCUCUUUCUAACCCAACUCCUUUUUUGUGUGUGAAAUAUAUUGCUCCCCUUUUAAAUGCCCACUUUAAAGUCUGACUAUUUAAAUGCCUCACUCACUGGAUCAUCACCUCGUCGUGGUGAGUGGGCUUGCACGUUCCUAUGAUCCUUGUGAGUGAAGCUGAUGGGAGUCUCGUACUCUCAGCAGGGUCACCCAAGGCAGUAAGCUCAAAGGGGAGGAGCUAGACAAAGAAUGAUCCAAGAAGUCUUCAAUGGCAGAACAGGCGAAAGAUAAUAAGUGGCAUGUUAUAAUGGCUGUGAAGGCGGAUGAAGGCUGCAGCAGAUAGGAAUCUACGGGUUGUUGUGAUACUCUUGCCAUCGGAAUAGAGCCUUAAUGUGAAGACUGUGCAUUGGUCAGCGUGCACUGAUCUACACACACAAAACAAAUUCAUGCACAGACGUCUUCCAAAAAUUCAUCCUGAACCCAAAAAAAUCCCAUGACGAUUGGCAAAUGGUAACGGGGGAAGCAUGAAAUCUGAAAGCCCCUAGUCAUGAACUAGCACAUGGGCGGUGGAUACAGAUUCAGUCAUUCUGACUCAAGGAAUGCGGCAGUUGAGUAUCUUGGCAGUUGUAUCCAUGACUGAGCAGUCCUAUUUAGGAUCUACUCUGGUCACCCUGAAAAGGGGGAGAGGCUAGAAAAGGUGCCUUUAUAUAUAAAAAUCUACCUUCCAUUUUCCCUGACUGUGCCCAGUGGGGUCACUACUCAGUGGUCAUAAAAGACAAUUGAGCUUUGGAACAUGGAAUAUACGGACUUUGUUGGAUAACAUAGAUAAUGAGCAUCCCGAACACAGGACUGCCAUCAUUGCAAGCGAGUUGUGACGUUUUAACAUCAAUAUUGCAGCGCUUCAAGAAACUCAAAGAGCAGGAGAGGGACAACUGAAGGAAGAAAUAGGAGGCUACACUUUCUUCUGGAAAGGUCUACCUGAACAAGAACGUCAAAUACACGGAGCAGGCUUUGCUAUCAAAAACAAUCUUGUGAGAAGUCCCUACUGGAAUUAAUGAGCGACUUUCUUUUUUUUUUUUAUAAGAUAUUUAUUGAAAUUUUCAAAGUGUUACAAAAUAAAAGCAGAAGAAAAUACAAAAUAAAAAUAGUUAACAAAGUAGAAAAAGAAAAAAAACAAACCCCUUCCAACCAUACAAAUACAAAUUCAAAAAUAAGAAAAAGAGACAGAAAAAAAUACAAAAAUACACCACAAACAAUUAAGAACAUUUAAAAACAAAUUCAUUAUUCUCGAAUCCUCAACUGUCAUUACCUUCUUUCUUUGACCUCCUCCUCCUCCCUUUCUUUGUAUCCUAGUUAUUAAUUAUCCCAGCAAAUCCUUUCCAUAUUUCAUAAUAUUCUGUCAUUACAUUACCCUAAACUGUUUUAAUCUUAUCUUUCUAUAAGAAAAUAAACCUUAAAGCUUAAAACUUAAAUCUUAUCCUUACCAACUUCUCAUAACCAUAAUAUUCUUUCAUAAUUCUUUAAACAUCUUUACUAAAGCCGAGUAAUUUCAUUCCAACAUUUUUCUGACAUUCAUCAAUUUUAUAAAACAGUUCUAAUAGUAGAAAAAGAAAUACAAACAGAUCCAAUCUUCAUCCAACGUCCCUUCCUCCUGGUUCCGGGUUUUGUCAGUCCUUAUUAUCCCAUCGAUCUGGCCCAUUAACCUGGCAACCUUAUAUCCGAGGCCCUCAAGUCUCUUCCAUGUCCCUUUCGCAGCUCUUCUUCAUAUUUGUAACUGUAUUUUCCCUUGUCUCCUGCUCGUGGUAACUCCAGCUUGGCAACAUUUUUAACCCUUCUUGACAGAUCAGCCCCUUUUCCAUAUUCAGCACAGAAUUCCAUAUGGUAUUUAAAAGCAUGUUUCAAAGACCCUCCAAAAUUAAGAGCCCCCACAAUCCCAAACAUCUCACAGCCCAUUGCCAGAUUUGAAAAGUCCAAACAUCCCAGCAUAGGGGGGUCAAUCCAGCCCCCCAUUUCCAAGCCAAACCAAACUUUUUCUUUCCAAAUCUGGCUUUUUCCAAGUUCAUUUGUUAAAUGUCACUCAUAUUCCUGUUGGGCCUGUUCUGUCAGGACACACUCCUGAUUUAAUUCCUGUGUGGGCUCCACAUAUUUUCCCACUGUCUGUUCAAAAUUUCCCACUGCCUGUUCAAAAUUUCUAGUCGAAGUCGCCAUCAAAUUCAUCUUCUCAUGUAACUGUUCCAGUAGGGCAUUUGUUUUAUAGAAAGCACACAACAAAGCUUCUGAAUACAUUGUCCUGCAAGGUCAAAUGCCUGUUCCCACGAUUGUAAUCUGUAACAGCUGCCGGCUCCCUGGAGUUGGUUACAGUUUCACAGUCUCCCUCUAGGGGGAAAACUUCUAUUUGUUCUUGCAACAAAGUUUCCCUUUUUGAGAUACUUUGUCAAUAUUUGUUCCUUUAAAAUGCGAAGAGAAACAGUGGAAUCACUAUGUUUCUCUUCUUUUAGCUAUCUGUCAAAAACAUUUGUCUCUGGUCAAUGAACUUCAAACGUCAGUCCUGACACCCCGCUCCAGGAUCAGGAUGGAGGAAAGUUGCUUUACUUUAAACUCACUUUAAACAGUCCGAAAAAGAUCCCCCUUCUCCUCCUGCUGUCGAAGGGGGGUUCCACAAUUUUAAAUGAUGCAAUCCCAUCCUUUAAAAGCGAUUUUCUGAGCUCUAGUUUACGUUGUCUUUGCUUUAUUCUGUCUACAAAAGAACGGAAGGCUGACUUCCUGUUUAGACCUUCCCGUUCCGUACCAAAUUAAGAUAAAUUUUUAAGAUCCAAUUCCUUUCUGCUCGCAAGUCCUUAUUUAAUGUCCAGUUGUUCAAAGUCUAAGUACUCACGGGUGCUUAUUUUAGAGUCCAAAUUUUCCCAGGAAAAAGGCAGCGCUCUCCGGCAACGGCUAUGCGGCUUCGCUCCACGGAAAUAGCAGUUGACUCACAGCACCGCGCCACUUCCCCCUCUUCACUUCGGAGCCCGUUAGUGGGUUCCUUAGCGAGUUGGGGGGGGCGCUAAAGGUGCCCGCCGAGUCCCAUGGUCACAGGCUUCAUCCGCCUGUGAUUUUUAAAAGGGUCCCCGCUUCGCCGUAGCGGAGAAGACCCGUUUCCCGCGGAGCUAGUCCCUCCAGUUCAGAGGGAGACCGCCAUUGCCGAUGGCGCCACCCCGGAAGUCUCUUAAUGAGCGACUUUCAACCCUUCAAGUAAAACUCGCCAAAACCCAACAGGCUACUAUUCUAAGUGCUUAUGCACCAACACUGGAUGCCAAUGGAGACAUUAAAGAAAACAAUUUACUCUCAGCUGGAUACCAUCCCAUCAGAGGAGGAUAUCCUCCUGGGUGAUUUUAAUGCAAGAGUUGGGCAAGAUUUCGAUCUGUGGCCUGUGACUAUUGGUAAAGAAGGAAAUGGCAACAUUUGGAAUCUUACUUUAGACUAUAUGUGCAGCGCACAACCUUGUUGUUACAAACCCACUCUUUCAACAAAAUAAAUAAAUUUAUAAAGCCCAAGCUAUCUGGAAGACUGUAUUCCCUCAUACGAACCUUCCUGGGUUUUGAGAUCUUCAGGCCCUUCUCUUGGUCUCACCACCCUCACUGGCAUGCUUGGUAGGGAUGCGGGAAAGGGGCUUCUCAUUGGUGGCUGCUCCCAGAACUAACUCCCUGGAGAAGCCAGACUGGCUCCUUCCUUGCUGUCUGUCCUUCUGCCAGCAGUUGAAGACCUUCCUAUUACAACCGGCCUUUGGCAACUGACUGCUUUUCAUAGGCGAAGCCAGGAGGGCAACUGUCUCCACCUAAAUCAAGUAAAUAAAUAAAAAUAAUUAACUAAAAGUAGAAAUUGUAGAAAGAUUUUGACAGAUUUUUCUGAGCAGUUGGGGUCAAACGAAAGUAAUUUAAAACAACUGUUGUUGAGAUAUGUCAUUCCAAAUCUGCUAGACAGAGCCGGACAGAGGAUGACAGGUGGGUGUCCUGCGCCCCCCCAUAAAUCCUGCCUAUGCCUAUGGUGCUUUUAAUAAAAAGGUUGGUGCCGUGCUGUUUUUAUUAUAAUAAUUUGUAUGUUUUCAAUAGAUCAGACACACACACAUACAGAGCAGACCCUACAAGUGUCCAUAUUUUCCAAGGACAGUCCCGGAUUUACAGAAGCCAUCCUGGUUUCUAAUUAGAUCCCGGAAUGUCCCGCUUUUCAUCAGAGAAAUGUUGGAGGGUAUGGAGUGACAUGACCCCUGAGCCAGGGAGAUAAGUAACUAUACAACCUUUAGAAAACACCUGAAGGCAGCCCUGUAUAGGGAAGUUGUUUAAUGCUUUAUUGUGUUUUUAUAUAUGUUGGAAGCCUUCCAGAGUAGCUGGGGCAACCCAGUCAUGUGGGUGGGGUAUAAAUAAUGUUGAUGAUGAUGAUGAAUAGGGCGUCCAUAGCUUCACUGGAGAAAUGUUGGAGGGUAUGACACAGGAGCAAUAAUUUAAAAGCAAAUACAUAUGUUGAAUUGCUUUUUAAUGAUUGUUUCCUUCCCCGUCCAUGUUUUUAGCUUCCCUUAUUUUAUCUGUAAGCCGCCUUAAAUCCCUGUAAGGGGAAAAAGCAUAAAUAAGUAACAACAACAACAACAUUUCAUAUUAAGAAGAACUGGAUGGGUUACUCCUCCCCCUCUCACGUUUUUGGCUUCUCUUAUUUUAUAUCAGCUGCCUCGAGUCUCUGUGAAGGGGGAGAUGCAGGGUAUAAAUAAAUACGUAAUAAUAAUAAAUUUCACAUUAAGACAACUGACUGGGUUUACUCCCCACCCCAUAUGUUUUUAGCUGCCUUUAUAUUAUCUGUCAGCUGCCUUGAGUCUCUGUGAAGAAAUGGGAAAGGCAGGGUACAAAUAUUGUAAAUAAUAGUAAUAACAAUGAUAAUGACAACUCGCAUUAAGACAACUGGAUGGGUUUGCUCCACCCCUCCCUAUGUCUCCAGCCGCCUUUAUUUCAUCCUUGAGUCCCUGUGAGUAAUUAAAUGCAGAAUACUGGCGGUAAUAAAAUCUCUCUCUCUCUCUCAGCAGGACAACCUGGGCGGGUUUACUCUACCCUUCAUAGCUCUAUGCGCGCGGUCCUUCCCUCCCGCCGGGUAAGGAAGCGGUGGAGGCCGCAAAAAAGAAGCGACGCUUUCGACGCCCGUGACGUCAUUUAUGCGACAGCGGCUGCGGCUGUCUGUCUGACGGUGCACCUGCCGGCAGCUCAGAAGGAUGGAGCCUCCGGGCGGAGCGCGGCACUCGGGGCCGGCGGGCGCCAGGUGCGGAGAGGCGGGGGAUGGGCAGCUGGAGAGUGAGGGGGGGGGUCUGGGGAGGAAAAUAAACCCCUCCUCACCGAGUCAUAUAAUAGACCUGCCUCGGUAGGGGUGGAGAGAGCCGGUGGCGCGUCUGUCUGGUAACCGGAAGGUGGGCGGUUCGAGCCCAGGCAGGGCAGGAUUUUCUGCAUUUUGGGGGGGGGGUUGGGCUAGAUGACCCCCCCGGGAACUCCCCCCACCCCUACUCCUCAGGUUGUACAAUGCUAAGUGGAGAUUUGAUGGGCAUCCGUCAUGGGUGCCGUAGUGGAGAUCCCUGCAUCGCGGGGGGUUGGACUAGAUGACACCCCGGUAAAAGGUAAAGGUAAAGGGACCUCUGACCAUUAGGUCCAGUCAUGGCCAACUCUGGGGUUGCGGUGCUCAUCUCGCUUUAUUGGCCAAGGGAGCCGGUGCACAGCUUCCGGGUCAUGUGGCCAGCAUGACUAAGCCGCUUCUGGUGAACCAGAGCAGCGCAUGGAAACACCGUUUACCUUCCCUCCGGAGUGGUACCUAUUUAUCUACUUGCACUUCUUGGCGUGACUAAGCCUCACCAUUUACCUUCCUGCCAGAUUUACCUACCUAUUUAUCUAUUUGCACUUUGACGUGCUUUCGAACUGCUAGGUUGGCAGGAGUAGGGACCGAGCAACGGGAGCUCACCCUGUCGCAGGGAUUCGAACCGCCAACCUUCUGAUCGGCAAGUCCUAGGCUCUGUGGUUUAACCCACAGCGCCACCCGGGUCCCUGAUGACACCCCGGAGCCCCUUCCAACUCCACAGUUCUAUGAAUCCCAACCUGGCCAACCCACCAGGGUGGUUGUGCCGGAUUUAUGUAUAAGCUAAACAAGCUGUAGCUUAGGGCCCCACUCUCUUGGGGCCCCCAAAAAAAUUUAAAGGAAAGAAACCCCCACUGGAUGUACAUUUCUAAGAUAUAAGAUAAAAAAAAGAAAUUAAAUAAAACCUACAUACAGCAACAGUGUUUUGUGUUGUGUAGGCUCCUGUGAUGUAAGUCAUGGGCCCCGCCUGCUAGCCUGCUCCCUAAAAUAUCACUGGUUUGCUCAUUUCUAUAUAUAGGGUGCCUGCAUUCUGCAUGUGCAAAUGGCAUUAGAUACCUAUUAGGUCCAUAAAUUACUAUAUAGCAUAUAUUCAACACAAAAAACAGCGACAAUUGGUUGUUCAACAUAUAAAGGGCCCCAUUACCUUCAGUAGCUUAGGGCCUCAUCAAAUCUAAAUCCGACCCUGGGGUGAAGGUAAAACUUUGGGUUAAAUGAUGUUGCCUGAGCUAGGAGACCUGUGCAGGGGAACCUGCCCACACUGUCCUAAAUCCGGCGCUGCCCUGUAGGUGGGUGAGAUCCUGUCAGGGAAGAAGGGGACAUAAAUUCAUCUAUUUAUUUAUUUACAUAUAUUUAUCUAUCUCAAAGUUCACACGCUGCUUGGUUGUUAAAGCAGUUCUCUUAAGAGUACUUUCAUGUGGGCUGCCCUGCCACACUCCUUUUUAAGCAGCUGCUUUCUUGACUUCCUUUUUUUUAUUAUUCCAGAAAGCAGUUAUUGGACCUGCCCUGGGAAGACAUCCUCUUCCCCCACAUUCUCUCGUAUCUCCCUCUGAGGCAACUCCUGAGCCUGCAGAGGGUCAGCAAGGCGUUUCAGUCUCUAAUUCAGCUUUACCUCACCAACAUGCGCUGCUUUGAUUCUAGGCAGGUAUGGGUAACGGUGUGCAUGUGGUAAGAAUGUGUGCAUUCAGUCACAUGGCAGAGUGAGUGUGGGGCUGAUUGUUUUCUGUUUUGUUGUUUUUAAUAAAACAAUUUAGCAAAAGAUACUGAGCGGCAACACCAUCACUAUCUGCCGCGCUUUGUGAAAUUAGCUGUAGGUGCUUGGAUCAAGCUCUCUGGUUUCUCAAUUAGUGUUGGGAAUAAGUCAGUGUAAGAUAAGAGUUAAUAUUCCUGGUGCUGAACUUUUGAGCUUCAGCAGUGAGUUUGUUCAAUAAUUGAUCCUGGGCAAAAAAGAAUUUCAAGCCUAGCUGUGCAGAAGAAAGCAGGGUGGCACGAGAGACAAUUUAUUUCUAGGAAAAAUAAACUGUUAUCUGAUCCUUAUUCUACCAGAUUUUUGGAUGUAAAAUAUAGCUUGAAAGUUAAUAGUUUUACAGGGAUAUUUGGUCGUAUAGAAAUUUUCACAUCUAUAUGUGAUGUGAGCAAUGUGUAAGUUGGUGCUUAAAUCUCCAAUUAUGCAUAUAAACUUCACAAAUUGACUUUUUUUUUUAAAAAAAGCAUUCUCCAGAUUAUAACAGAAGUUUCUAGAAGAGUUUGCUUACUUUAACGCACUUAAGCCUGUAGUUUGAACUCUCCAGAGGAGUAUGCAGAGUCCAAACAGGAAUAGUUACUUUAUGCAAAGUAAUUUUAGGAUGGUUAAAAUACUCUUGCUCCCUUCAAUUUUUUAAUUAUUAUUUGCAGAUAUUAUCUUUCUGUAAUUUACACCCUACCCUUUAAUGCCAAUUGCAUUUAUUAGCUCUGCAAACAAAAAUUAGGGCUGGAGGAGAGCGCGCUUGGAAUAUUAAAAUGCUGCAACAACAACCCAUUUUGUCUUCUUGCCUAUGGCAGGUGGGACCAAACAUUCCGAAAGCUGCAUUCUGCAACCUGCUAAAAGACAAUGAGGUGUUGCAACAGCUGGCACUACAGAACUGUUCUGAUUGGCUGUCUGACAAGGAGCUGCUUCCUGUGAUUGGCCAGAACCACCAUUUGCAGCAGAUUGAGUUGAAUGGCUGCGUGCAGCUGAGUCGCCAUGCCCUGGUGGCCAUCUCUUUGAGCUGCCCCAAUUUGCGCCGGCUUUCUCUGGCUCAUUGCGAGUGGGUGGACAGCCUCUCCCUGCGGAGCCUGGCUGACCACUGCAAGGAGCUGGAGUCCCUGGACCUUACAGCCUGCCGGCAGCUGAAAGAUGAAGCCAUCUGUUACCUUGCACAGAGGUGUAACAGACUGAAGUCCCUCUCGCUGGCUGUCAACGCGAAUGUGGGUGACGUGGCAGUGGAGGAGAUUGCCAAAGCCUGUCCCGAACUGGAGCACCUCGACCUCACAGGCUGCCUGCGGGUCAAGAACAACUCCAUUAGGUAACAGUUGCACACAUGGAGUGCAGCAGUUGCGUGUGUAUUUAAUGUGUUUAUAUCAUGCCUUUCACCCAAAUAGUAAAGGUAAAGGGACCCCUGACCAUUAGGUUCAGUCGUAGACGACUCUGGGGUUGCGGCGCUCAUCUCGCUUUAUUGGCCGAGGGAGCCGGCGUACAGCUUCCGGGUCAUGUGGCCAGCAUAACUAAGCCGCUUCUGGCGAACCAGAGCAGCACAUGGAAACGCCGUUUACCUUCCCGCCAGAGCGGUACCUAUAUAUCUACUUGCACUUUGACGUGCUUUCGAACUGCAAGGUAGGCAGGAGCAGGGACCGAGCAACGGGAGCUCACCCCGUCGCGGGGAUUUGAACCGCCAACCUUCUGAUCGGCAAGUCCUAGGCUCAGUGGUUUAACCCACAGCGCCACCCAAAUAGCUCAAGGCAAAAUACAGGGUUUCAUCCUCAUAACAACUCCGAUAAAUAGCGACUGGCCCAAGGCCAUCCUGUGAGCCUUUUGGUAGGGUGGGUUUUAAAACCCAGGUCUCCCCAGUUCUAGUUGGACAUACUAACCACUAAUCAAUAUAAAUCCUAUCCUAUUAUGAUAGCUUUUAUUCAGUUUAUUGCUUAUAACCACAGGUCAUGUGCUGAACGUAAGAAGCUUUCUUAUAACACAUUAACCAGUGUUUGAUAUGACCCAGUACUGUUGACUGAAACAAUAACCCUGCUGUCUUGGCUCUCUUAACUGGAGAUGCCCGGAAUUAAAUCUAGGACCUUCUAAAUGCAAAAUGUGUGCUUUAUUGCUGUAGCCCCACCCCAGCCAACCUAAAGGAAUAUCAUGCUGUUUUGGGCAACUCUGAUGCUGGCAGGAGACUGCGAACUUAAAACUUCUUGCAUCUUCUCUUUUGAUAGGACCUUGGCAGAGUACUGCCCCAAGCUGCGUGCUCUGAAGGUGAAGCACUGCCACGACGUGGUAGAAUCCAGCCUCAGCAUCCUUCGCAAUCGUGGUGUGGAGGUAGACGUGGAACCUCCACUACAGCGCGCCCUGGUUCUCUUGCAAGAUGUCGUGGGUUUUGCCCCUUUUAUCAAUCUUCAGAUCUAAUGAAGGCAAGACACUGUCCAGUGGUCCCUGGUGGCCGCCUGCAGGAAGACCUGUCGGAUACUGCUGCUGAGGAGCUCAAGAGGCAGAGAGGGUUUACGUCUCAUCCCUUCAAGCCGGGCUGGUUCUGAGCUACCAAUACCUUGUUGGGAACCUGUACGCGCAUUAGAAAAACAAACCCACUUGCAUCACAAUGGACAGCAAGGAUGUGUUUUGAUGCAUCCUGGCUAACAGAUACAUAGCAUGUACGUUCAAGGAUAUUCUAGAGUUGGAUUUUGGGCUUGCUGCUUUGGGCAGUGACUGCUGAAAGGCAGUUGCAUUGAUGUUGAACCCAUUUUACCCAACUGCACUUCAUGUGGACCUCCAAAGAUAAAUAGGGAUUUUGGGGUGGGUGGGCGGGCGGGCGGGCAGAAUGUAUAAUCACUGGAGAGUAAGGUUGACAGCUGGCAAUAUUAGUAUGACUUCCUUUCUGCUUUGAGUUGAGUGCUUGAGAAGUCCUCACCCUCCUAGAGAGAGUGGGGAGAGAUCCUUCAGGUGUGCAACAGACUGUUGUGCCCUUAAAGGCUUCAGGGUAGAUAGGGGAGUGCUGGUACCAGAGUGCUGAGAAGAGUGGCAUUCUCCAGAUACCCUCCUGCUUUUAAGGGCAAAUGUGGACCACACCUGUGCUGGUGCAUGUAGCUUCUUCUGUGUAUGCGGUUAAAGGGGGGAUAUUUAUUAGAUUCUCACCUUCUAGCAGCGAAAGGUGAGAAUUGGAUGAACAAGUGAAAUUCUUAGAGCCGAUCUUUUAGAAACCAGUCGGAAAAUAGCUUUCUAAAAGGAAGCACACUUUUUGACUCGGUAGCAGUCAUGGAAGCUAGCUUUACUGUGUUAGGCGAACGUGAUCAUACAUUAUGCACAAAUUUCAAAUGACUUGUCAUAAAACAACACAAGCAGCACACUAGCGUAGUAAACUCCUGUAAGGAAAAGGACAGAGCAGGAGGAGCAGCAGCAGCUCCUACAGUCACCAUAGGCCCUGCUUCUGUAUACGGAGAGUUAGUUCUCAAGCAUGUAAACACAAACUUCUAAUUCUAAAUUUCAUCCCCCAGAUAAAUAGGCAGAAGGGUUUCUUCGCUCUUGGCUGGUAGAUGGUGAGAAAACGGCUAAAACAAGUACCCAAGCAGAAGGCAUGUGAUGGACUUGAGUGGCCCUUAGUGGAAUUUAUAUUUCCUGGCUGGCUUGAGACUGAUGUACGUUCUCUUCAUUUCUUCACUCUCUGCCUUCUUGAUAUCCUUGUAUCGUUCCCCUUUUGUACUUACUACCUGAUUGUCAAUGUAGCGAAUCAUCUUCUUGGGAGCCUAAGGGCAAAGGACGAAAACAGAAGCUGAGUUGCUUUCCAGUCUGAAUGGGCUGUUUUUUUGUGAAUUGGUUGGUGGAAUAGUUAAUUUCUUGCACAAAUUACUGCACUAACGCAAGGCUCCUGGGAGCUCAAGAUGACCCAUCCACAGUGGAGACUGGCUGCUACAUCUUUGCAUGACUCACUGGAAGCUGGAAAGACCAGAACACACGGCCUCUGCUGGGAAUUUGGCUGUGGUUGCAUUAUUUAAUGACCUACAAGACAGAGACGCAGCAGAAUCUGCUGUUUAAACAAAACGUGUGCUCAGAAGAGUGACAUACAUAGGGAAAUGGCCUCUCCAUGCGGAGUGUCUUCAAUUUCAGUGCAGAAAAUGUGCUUCAGUUAUACUUUGGGGAAUACUAUACUGCACGUAAAGGACUCGUUCCAAAAGGGCUGCUGUGUUUAGAUAGGAAUUCAUUGCAGUGGGGCAUCCUCUUUGGGGUUACAGUAACUUAAGAUGUAGAGCUAUACAUCUUGCUGUAUUCUAGAAGGGUAGGGACAGUACUUGAGUGAUACACUCUGACAAAUCACCAUAAAAAGAGGAUGUAAUUGCAGGAUGUAAUUGGAUUCUUUUGCUUGAAGUUAUUUGCUUUUAUGAACAGUUCUGGAGGACAUCUAACUUGUGAUCUCACUUAAUUGAAGAGACUGAGGGAUGUUGGAUUAUGUGGACUGGAUUCCCUUCCAACUAUUUGUUUUUCAUAGGGCCCCCUCCCACCCCCCCCCAAAACCCCCCCCCUGUGAUAUGAAACCUGGCCUCUUGAGUUCAUGGAACUCAUGCAGAGCAAAUAUUUUUUCCCUACCAUUUAUUUGCAAGACCCCUACAAGACGUGCCUGUCCCAAAGAUUCCUUUCUGAAGCAAUUGUAUAUCUGGAAAAGCAUGGCACUAUCUGAUCUCAGUGCCCGGAUGAAUGCUUACUGAAAUCUACUAUUGCCAAGUCCUGUGUGUACAUAAAAUAGCCCCGAUGACGUUGGCAUCUGUUGCAGUUUACUAAAAGUGAACACAAAGGCAGUAAAAUGGGGGUAGCAAUAGUCUGGUGCUAGAGACGUUGCGAUGGGGGGUGGAUGCAACUUUUUAAGCUGUUGUCCACCCCCCUAGCUCUGAGUGGCAAAUCUGCUCUAAAGCCAUUUGUCUGCUUUUUGCUGGUUCCAGGUUAGAUGCCCACAGUUUGUCUGCCCGACCUCAAUCCACUGUAAAUAAUGAUACAAAGCAGUGAGGCUGGGUUAUAAAUGUUCUUUCCCCUAUUUCGGCUAUUGGCUUGCAUACGUUUGUGUUGCUUACCUCUUUGGGGGGUGCUGGCCUGUGUGUUUUCUGAUCCUCUUCGUUAUCUACCAUCAUGUACCUAAAACACACAAGAAAUGCACAAAGCCCUCUCGAGAGGUGGGUCUUUUAGGAAAGUGCAAAAUGCUUUGCCGGUGGAAAGUUUCCCCUUCUUCCUUUGGAGAAAAGUUCCCACCCUGUUGGUUUUAAAGUUUGUAAUAUAGAUGACACCCCCUUUCCCACAUGGCAGAGCCAUAUGUGCGAUCUACAGAUGUGCAACUUAAAUUUAGCAGCCAGUUCUGCUGUGUAGUGCUGAUUCCAUUGACUCUUCUGUGGUAAGGAUGCAGAUGAAACAGCAUAUAGGUUUUUAAAUAAAAAUGCCUCCGC